ACUUCACACUGUAACUGUAGUUCUUCCUGGUUGAUGUGGACACAAGGAAGAGCAGCGGGGUGAGGUCUGUUGUUGUGUCUGGGUAAAUAAUGUGGAAAAACGGUAAAACUUUAAGUGGAAGAACGAUGGAAUUUAUCGAGCAGUUAAUGUUUUAGAAGUGUUUUUUUUUAUUCCGGGAGUUUUGAUAUUAUUCCGUUCUUCUUCUGUGGUUCCGGUUUAUUCAUACCUCCGGUGCUGCGGUGCAUCUCCCAUUAGCCCACGGUGGACUGUUAGCUGCUAACGCUAUGUCUGAUAGGAACUCUGUGGAUAUUCAUGAACCCUGAUAGACCCCUAAUAGUCCCUGAAGAAGACAUGGCGUCCUCCAAAGCGAAGGUGGGCGUCCACAGUGAGACAAACUGUGUGAAGGACGGGAAAAGCAGCUGCAGCAGCGCCUCCGGAGACACCGCAGCAAACAGCCGAGUAUACAGUCUGGAUGAGCUGGAGACCAUGGCCACUGUGGGUGAGUCUGGAAUAAGGUCUCAGAGUGAUAGAUCUACCUGUGCCAGGUGCUUUGAAUAAACAGUGGAUGUAAAAAGUCUACACACCCCUGUUCAACUGCCAGGUUUUCUUGAUGUAAGAAAAUGACAGCAAGAUAAUUAUUUUCACAACUUUUUCCACCUUUAAUGUGACCUAUAACUUGUACAAUGCAAUUGAAAAACAAACGGAAACCUUUAAGAGGAAAAAUAUAAAAUAGAAAAGUUAAAAUGACCUGGUUGCAUAAAUAUGCACACCCUUAAACUAAUACUUUGUUGCAGCAAAUUUGGUUUCUUAUUCUGGUGAAGCCGUUCUUUUGUUGAUUUAGAUGUGUGCUUUGGGUCAUUGUCGUGCUGAAAGAUGAAGUUCCUCUUCAUCUUCAGCUUUCUAGCAGAAGGCCGAAGGUUUUGUGUCAACACUGACUGGUAUUUAAAACUGUUCAUAAUUCCCUCCACCCUGACUAAGGCACCAGUUCCAGCUGAAGAAAAACAGCCCCAAAGCAUGAUGCUGCCACCACCAUGCUUCACUGUAGGUAUGGUUUUCUUUUGGUGAAGAGCAGUGUUGGUUUUGCGCCAAAUAUACCUUUUGCAAUGAUGCCCGAAAAGUUCAACAUUGGUUUCAUCAGACCAUAACACAUUUUCCCACAUGCGUUUGGGAGAUUUCAGAUGUCUUUUUGCAAAAUUAAGCCGGGCUUUGAUGUUUUCCUUUGGUAGCCUCUCUGACCAGUUUUCUGCUUGUCUUAUCAUCAAUUUUGGACGGACGUCCUGUUCUUGGUAAUGUCACCGUUGUGCCAUAUUUUCUCCACUUGAUGAUGACGGUCUUUACUGUGUUCCAUGGUAUAUUUAAUUCCUUGGAAAUUCUUUUGUAGCCCUCACCUGACUGAUAUCUUUGAAUAAUGAGAUCCCUCUGAUGCUUUGGAAGCUCUCUGUGGACCAUGGCUUGUGCUGGAAGAUGUGGCUACAAAAAUGUCAGGAAAAGCUACUAGAACAGCUGAACUUAAUUUGGGGUUAAUCAGAGGCACUUUAAUUGGUGACAGGUGUGUGCUGACUCCAAUUUAACCUGAGUUUGAAUGUUAUUGGUUAAAUCUGAACACAGACACAUCCCCAGUUAUUAAAGGGUGUGCACACUUAUGCAACCACAUCAUCUCAGUUUAUUUUUACUUCACCUCCCUGAAAGAUUUCUGUUUGUUUUUCAAUUGUGUUGUACAGGUUAUAGGUCACAUUAAAGGUGGAAGAAGUUGUUAAUUUAUUUAUCUUAAGUUAAUUUUUUUACAUGACAAAAACCUGGCAGUUGAACAGGGGUGUCUAGACUUUUUAUAUCUACUGUAGAUGACAGCUCAGCCAGAGCUCCAGCACAUAUUUAGGUUAAUGAUACAGAAAUAUGUGGCACUGUGCGAGUCAUUAUCUGAUAGGUCAGAUAAUCAUUUUAAAAGAUGACUAGCUGCACCAGUCCUUCACUAUUUCUUAGAUCCCCUGGGUUCAUAACUAAAAUAUCAGGGGCAUGAAGGAUUUAAAGUCACUGUUUCUUAUUUCAUUCCAAACAGGAUUUUAUCUUAAUCUCAGCUGUUUAAGGUUUCUAACUAAACUUUAACCUUUCACAUCAUAAACCUUUUUCCUUAUAUUUGACUGGAAAGUGUUCAUGGCAGUUUCCACAUGUCACUUUAGGAGUAAUUACAUCCAUUAUAUCCAUUAUUUGUUUCCUUCAGGUUGAUAAGAUAAACCUAAAACAUGACAGAACAUUUAAUCUACGUCACAUUACAAACAUCAUGUUCAGACAUAUUGAUAAUAACCCAACAUGCAGUUGAUACUGAGAUAAAUGUGGGCUGUCAUAUCAUACAGUUAGGUUUGUAUAAGGAUAUCAGAGUAUUAUCAAUAUUGACCCAGUUCCAGCUGACCUACUUUAACCUUAAUCAUAUCGUACAUUAUGUUUGUGUACACACUGCAGCUCCAUGAAGGUUACUCCAACACAGUUAGUUCAUUCACCUUUAUUUGAAGUGUGGAAACAAGGGAAUCCUGAUCCAUAUUCUAUUCUAUGAAAUUUAAAGGGAUUUUUCAUAUUUCUGAAGAGAGUUUAAGCCACAAUAGAUGUUGGUUAGCUCCGCCCCUUUAAAGAGAAACUUCUGGGAGAACCUGCACACAAGCUUGACUACAGUUUUAUGACUGUAGUGUCAGUGAGUGUAGAGUAGGGCCCGACUGAUAUGGAUUUUUGGGGCCGAUGCCGAUACCGAUUAUUAGUGGGGAAAAAUCUGAUUACGGAAUAAUCAGCCGAUUUAAAUUUUUUUUUAUAAAGUUAUAAAAAAAUGUAAAUAUACUAUAUACUGUAGAUUUACUGUAGGCUACUGCUCUUCACGCUGACAGGAAGACCGACUGAUCAAACUCGGACCAGAAAAAACGUUUUCAACUACAACCCCCCGUGCCGAUCGGUGCCUCCAUGUCUUAACUCAUGUUACACAUUUCCAAUCCUGUCUCUUUUGGAGACAUACAGCCGCCUCAGUAAGAGAAGUAGCUCGAUCACUAAAGUGUACUGUUGUUUAUUCUACCGUUACUGGCACGGCUAACAGUGUAGCAAGGCUAAUAACAGGUGGCUAACUCUAACUUUAGCUUGCAUAUUACAUGGUGCUUCUCCGUUACUCGGCGUGACCGAGACCAGCACAGCGGGGAACAUGGUGAAGUGGAUUGAACUGAAACUAGUUGACUUAUUGUGUAUUUCAUAAACUGGUUUAUUUACCGUUGAGGUGGACCACUCUCCUCUGUGCGUCCCUGAGCUGCCUGCUUCAGAUCCGUCACUCUGCUGUGCUGUGAGGUAGUUAGUGGAUGAAGAUUGUCAUGAGGUCACUGCGCCAUCUACAGGAUAAGUCGGGGAACUUUUCAAAUGGCGGAACAUUUUUGAAGUGAAACCGAAUCUUAUUCUCCACAUUUUAUCUCUGAAAAUAUAGGCAGAAAUCGGCGAGUUUUGGCCAAUUAGUCUCAAACGGGCUAAAAUUGGCUGAUUUAAUCAGCUUGCCGAUAAAUCGGUCGGGCGCUAGUGUAGAUUUUGUUCUUUCAGAGGAGUUGUUGAAGUCUCACUCAUGACAGACAGGGCUUUUCACUACACACCUGAAGCGCCAGGUAACCAGCAGGUAACCUUGGAUCUCUCCUGCUCUCCCCUCCACUGUAUCCCUCCAUAAAUGGUGUGUUGUCUGUGCGGUCAGAAACAUUCACAUUGUUCAGUUUGGUUGUAUUUUUGUUGUCUUGAAGACCAAAAUAGCAGAUUGGCAUGACUGUGUUCCAUCCUCAAAAUGGUGCAAAAACAAACAGACUUUCUGCUGCAAAGUAAAAGUCAAAUUUUAUACACUUAAACCGAGAUGAGUGUUUGGGUUAGAGUCUCUGAAAAUUCAAUAAUUCAUGUGUUAGAGUCGCUUCUGUCUGCAAAAAAAAACAAAAAAAAAACAGUAUCCCAGCUUGUCUUCAGUUUCUCACUGCAGUUUCUAAUUAAAGGAUCUGAGUUGACUGACAUCUAUUAUUGCUGAUACGCUCAUAUGUGACAUGCAACUAAUAUAAGUUCACUAAAAAAUACUGAAAUAUCCCUUUAAUAACAAACUGCUACAUUUGGAAAAAAAGGAAAAGCAUGAGCUGCACUUAAGUCAGUCUUUUAUUUCACUGUUUAGAGGUUUCGAAGCAUUUGUUUGAAGUAUUAGUGCGCAACCCAAAUGUUUACAACAUCAAAGAGAGCAUUUCCAAGUAUUUCAGGUCAAGCUGAGCAGUGAAUGUUUGUGCAUACUGUGGGAGUGGUUCAAGUUUGGACGGUUCAAGCCUUAAAUUUAGAGUCCCACCUUCACAGGAUUUCAGCCACAUAAUAACCCGUCCAGCUCGGUUUGUAUAUUUGAUCUUUUCGUCCUGACGAUGAGUGUUUGAGCCUGCAGCAGUGACUCAGACUCAGCAGAGUCAGAGGUGUGUUCACAGGUGGUUAGAGAGGCAGAUUCAUCGACCCAGACAGGUAAGGGUGAGCCCGUGCUCAAACAGCGACCUGCCUACAGGGAGGGGAGAACAGUUUGACUUGUUCAGAAGUUUGAGUCACACAUUCAUCAUCGAGUUGCACAAGAAAGUACUCAGGAAGGGACUUUUAUCACUCCUUGUAAAGGAAGUAAGAGUCAUCAGCCCCCAGAGAAAGAGAUUAAAAAACAUUAACCUUUUAAAACUGACCUUUUAAUCGAAAAACAUCUAAAAAUUCAGGCAAGGCUCAUGUUUAACUAGAUUAAACAUAAUUUUCUAAACACAUAGGUCACUUGGAGUGUUGACAAACUCUAAUUGACGAAAAUAAGGACAGACUGAUACACACCCUUGUGUGUGUGCAAGCAAAGCCACGCCAACUUUAGAGCAGACAAUCUGAGACACUGAGUAGAAACUUACUCUGCAUCUGAUCUGAACCAGCAGAUGAUCAAAAAUGCAGAUAGCAGCCAUAGCUACACAUGUAUCUGCACUGAAUCGCUUCAACAACACAUCUGAAACAGCUUUGGACAACAGGUAGCUGUAUUUUGUGUCUGCAAGUGUAAAACACAGCCAAAAGAAAAAGAUAAAAGCUCUUUACAUGACACAGAAUAUAACAGUCUCUGAACUGUUGCAUAAAAAGCUGCUUUUUUAUUAUCAUAGGUGCAAGCAGACAGAUUUUAAAAGACGAACAAUUCACAAAAAAACGUACUGACCAAUCUAAAGUUUAUCCUGUAGACUUAUUUACAGAAUUUUUUUUUCCAUCAGUUUGGGUUUAUCACACCUGCUUUUGUCUUUUCUCCUUCGUAUUUUGAAUUUUUAUUUUAUUAUUAUUAAUAUAAUUAUUUGUUCAUUUAUUUAUUUAUGCAUUCAUUCAUUUAUUUACUUACUUAUAUUUAUUUUUAUUUUUGUAUUAUUGAAUUUCCCUUCCGAGAUAAAGGAAGUUCUUCUUAUCGUAUCUUAUUUUCAACAAUGCUGUUAUUUCAACUUGCUAAAAAUCUUGCAGAUAACUGGUUGACACACGUUAUCAGGUAAAUUCAAAUCAGAAUGUACCAACUAGGGCCGGACGGAUUUAUUGGUGAGCCUAUUAAAUCGGCCAGUUUUAGCCCGUUUGAGACUAAUCUGUAAUCGGCCAGAACUUGCCGAUUUUUGCCGAUUUUUUCAGAAAUGAAAUGCGGAGAAUAAGAUUUAGUUUCACUUCGAAAAUGUCCCACCAUUUGAAAAGUUCCCCGACUUAUCCUGUAGAUGGCGCAGCGACCUCAUGACAAUGCUUUUCUGGUCCGAGUUUGAACAGUCGUUCUUCCUGUCACAGUGAAGAGCAGUAGCCUACAGUAUAUCUACACUAUAUAGUAUACUGUAGAUAUCUACAGUAUAUAUAUAUUUUUAUAACUUUUAUAACGUAUCGGCAUUGGCUCAAAAAAAACAUAUCGGUCGGGCCUUAGUACCAACAAGCCUUUUCUCCAUUAUUUUGAGAAGAAAACAAACAGAUUUAGUAGAGGAUUAAGCAAAUUUAAGCAAUAGGCAUAAAUAAGUCUCAAAAUUUAGAAUAAAGCCUGUGUAAGCAGGUCAAAUCUACAAAGUUCUGCAUGGCGUCAUUUUUAAGAUAACAAUUGAGAAAGAUGAUCUUUAUGGGUCCGUCUUUUUUUUGCACUACUUGCACCACUUUUAGUUAGGGUUGAAAAACAUUCAAAACUCUUUUUUUUUUCAUUACAACCAUGGGCUGCAGCCUUUUAAUUAGUUUGAACAUCAGCACGUCUGAAACUUAACACAAAACUUGCAUUCAAAACAACAACAAAGCUAAAAUAUCGAGACUACAAUCUUUCAAAGUCAAAAGCUUCAACCCUAAAACAACAACUUUAAGUCUCACAGAUUCUAACAGGAGAGAUUCCUCCUUUUUGUUUCUUUAAAACUCCACCCUCCUCAUAGUCUUGGCAGACAAAUAUGUGAAUGAGUAAAACUGUUAUUAAGAGUCUUUUGUACUUUUGGACUUUAAUCAGCUUCUCCUGUAAAGCAGCCAGAUUUUAGAAAAUCACGUGAGAACCAGUUUUGCCACAUGAUGUACACAGAUAUCUGCUACAGUAUGUGUUGGUUCAGCUGAGCUAAUAUUGACUAAAAGGCUUUAGAGAGAUUAAUAUAUGCAAUCAAAUAAAUCACAAAACUAACGUUUAAAAUCCACCAUGGAUUAUAGAAAUCAGAAGAAAAGUAAAAGUAGAAGAAGAGCUGCGUGGAAAAGGGAAGAAGAAAAGAAACAGCUGAAACAAUUUUUCAUCUUCAUCGUAAAAAAUCUGAAAGAAUAUGAGACAAAGCAGGUUUUCACACUGGUUUUAAGCAUAUUAUCAGAGACAAAUUACACAUAGCUGCUUAUUAAAUCAUGUCUUUGUCAUUAUUGCAACAUAAAAUACACAACAAUGCAACUUGAGAUGGCUCUAUUUGAAGGGAGCGUGCAGAACAGCAGAUAAAGAGAUGAAUUUUAAGUUUACAACAUCAAUAUUUAUUGCAUCCGAACCAAAAAAAAUACCCCUUUUCAACUGUACACCUCUCUCUUAAUGUGCCAGCCUAAUUUUAGCUGGUUACAUGGUCAGAAAAGCUGCGAUUGGUCAGCAAAAAUGAGGGUUACCAGGGGUUAAAGAAAGGUCAAAGAGAUUAAAGAUAUAAGCCGGUUUCAGUUCACACAGGUCAGAGCGUUUUGAUAAACAAUCAUGUAUUUGCUUUUUUUUUCUGCUUCCAGUUCUGUUCUCCUUUUACUAGUUUAGUUACAAAAAAGCUUCUUUUGUCCCUUUAAUGGAUUCCAAAAGCUUAUUUUGGAAGGAGCAAACUCGCACCUGCGGAAAUAUAUGGAAAGAAAGAACGACAGGUGCAGGUUAUUUUGAGUUUUGGUGCUCGGAUUAGAUUUAGGAGAUCUAGUGCAAUGAAAUGAGCCAAGUAUAGAAUAAAAAACAUGGGACUAUUUUUACAGCUGCACUCUAACUGUCAAGACACCUCUGUGUGAUCAAAUAGAAAUAAAAGAUCUAGAUUUAGAAAUGACAUUACAGAAAAUGUAAUUUCUUAAUCUUGUGUAUAGAUUAGGGCUGGGCGAUAAACCGAAAAUUUACCGAUACUGAAAUUUAAGAUAAUAGCCAAUGUCAUUUUGCCCAUAUCAAUAUAUUCGGUGUCAACAAAAUAAAUAAAUAAGUCGGUUUGGAUGUGUGUAGGUAGGCUGAGGUCUCAUGUCCCUUCAAGACGCUGUCCUACGUCAGGGAUAUCACUGUACCCCAUCCAGUCCGUAACACAGAAGGAGGACGGUUCUAAAGUUGAAGCGGCUGAAGUAGACGAAGUUAAUGUGGGAGGGGGUGAGCAGCUUGUGGAGAAGUUAUCGUCCAUUUAUCGUUAUCAAGGUGAACUGUUCAAUACAUCCUGUAGGCAUGUGUAGAUAUGAAAAAUUUGAUAUCACGAUAUUGGUGGCCCAAAAUAUCACGAUUCACGAUAUUAUCACGAUAUUAUCACGAUAUUAGCGCAUCGCUUUUAACAUUAUCAAAAAUGGCAAAAAACUGCGAAAUCACUUCUCUGAGCACAGCAUGACACACGCACAAACAUGAGCAAGAGACAGCUAACGUGACGUUGGGAGCAUUAGCUUUUUGGAGCUAAAGUUAGCAGAAACAUCACUAACGUUGUCAAUAAUAAGCAGAAGACUAGACCAAACUUGUUGCGGUCAUGUUGUUUUUACCUUGAUUUGGGCGAACGAUGUUCAUGGAGGUGGGCACGUAGGUUUGAAGUGUUAGACAACGGCGCUACAACUUCAUUAUGGCAUAACCUGCAGAUUGGUGUCAGGUUUAUCUGCUCCGUCUGUUUUGUGAAGCCGUAAACAGCCAUACUGCUGACGAAACCUUUUUAAAAGGAGGAUACAGCCGAGGCGUUUCGUCAUUCUCAGUCUCCGACUGUUCUUGGUCCGGCUGCAUCGUUACGUUGGUUGGAAGUUUGAACGUGUGCGUCAACUUUUUUUUAUCUUCUUCAGACUGUUUCUGGUUCACAGAGUGGACACGCUCCAAAAUGUUUUGGGUGGCCGCAAUGCAUUGUGGGUGGCCACGCAUUUUGUUGUAAAAUUUCUUUAUUUUCUCUUUUAAUGUUCCUGUUUUUGUUAGGCUGGCAUUAAUGUACUUAAUUCUAGAGUUUGUUUUGGAUUUGGGACUACUUUUGUGGUGGUUUGUUUGUACAUUUUGCCACUGAGGCUUAAGUACUCCGCUUCGCUUGCCUCCGCUGAGUGACACUGCCACUCAUCUUUAAAUAAUAAUUGUGGAACGAUCAUUACAGUACCCUACGAUUUCAUCAUCACAGCCAUUUAAUAUCGCGAUUAAAUCGUAUUUCAGCACAUCCCUAAUAUCGCGAUAUUGAUUUGAGGCCAUAUCGCCCAGCCCUAGUAUAGCUGUAAUUUGAAGCUGUGCAGUAAUGUGCAAGAUGACUGCCAGCACAGAUAUCUUACAGUAUGAAUUUUAACUGAUAUAAAACCUAAAGGUAAAAUAAAAAAAAUGAAAAAACAGAAUUUCUUUGCAAGAAAAAGAUCGAUUUUUUUGAGCUUAGUGUCUGUGCAUACACAGUUUUCCUCUCUCGUCAUGUCUUUAUCAGUUCGAAGAGAAACAGCCUCCUGAUCACAUUAGUCCAGAUGUUGAUGGAGCUGAUAUCUGCAGAGUGAUGAAGCUGCAGCCCUCAAACCUUUCUCAUUAAUAGAGUCAGGCUUUACGGGCAGAUUUCACAUGCAUUGUGUUUUACAGCUCUGUAAAACGCAUUAAUCUACAUGCGGAUGACGAGGUUCGAGCGUAAAGCUGGUCGGCGAGGUGUGCCGCUGGAAGAAAGCUUGGAGCAUAAAAAUCCAAUUUGCCAAGAGUUUAGUCCGAUGGGAGGGAUUUAGUGCAGAAAACAAAUCAGCUAAAGCUCUUUAUCUGCCUGCUGUUGUUUAAUUGUCAUUGAAAUCUGGAGGGAACUCUCCUCCACCAUUAGAUUUAUUCGUCCUGACCCACAGAGCAUCACUGGAAGGCUUUGGUCUUGUCAGAGUGGAUAAAUCCAGCAGCAGCAGCCUCUCCAGCAUCAUAUUUAGGGGUUUGUUGACUGUCUCAUUAAAGUUGCAUCCCUCAAGAACAGCUGAAGUCUCCGACUGGCGUGCAGUUCGUUGUUUCCCCUCGUCCCAGAAACAGAGCAGGUGGAAAAGGAGUCAGACUGACCCAGUUUUCAGACGGGGGUAAAUAUCCGUUACAGAGCAUCACUCUCAGAAAAUCAACCGGCCAUGUCUGGGCUCAGUCUCAUUGUCACGUCCCGGUUUCUGAUGACGAAUGCGGCUCAGGAAGUACAGAAGAAUAACACUCCGAUUAUUCAUACCUGCAAUAAAAGUGUGUCUUUUUGAAAUCCACUCAAUGCAGUCUUUGUGCUGCUGAGGGCCAGUUUGAAAAGGUGAAAUGCUACACCUGCUUGGUGCAUUGUUGUGAGAAGGAUCAGCAGGGUGAGACAGAGAUACCUGAGCUUCUUCUAUCCCAUAGUCGCAGAAUAAAAGCUGGGUCUUUUCUUGUCUGCAGGACCCCAAACCCAGGAUGUAUUAUGAAUUUGAGGGGGUGUGAGUUGUUCGGAGGAAUAGAUCAUGCCACCAUUUAACUUUGGUAAAUAGAAGACUAGGGCUAUAAAGUCCUAGUCGACUGUUAGACUUAUUGGUCAAUACAUGCUAAGAUGACCAAAAUUCUGAUUUGUUGACUCGAUUUUUUUUCCGAGUCAAUUUACAAUCUAUGGUUAAUUUCAUCAGAAGGAACAUACCAAGUGCCUAUGGGGCUGAUUUCAGAGCACCCCUGUUCCACAGGUAACAGCCUGUCUCAGAACAACCCCCUUGUUUUCACCAUUUUGGAUUCGCCCAACCCACUGGAGACUGGCUGGAGACAGGAAGUGUGUCCACAUUUAUCAAUGCCUGGUGGUUUGUUGAAUAUGUAUUUUUGUUUCAACUUGCCUUAUGUGUUGAAUUGCCUUCUUGUGCUGAUAUCAGUAUAUUUUUACCCUGCUGAGCCAUGCUCUGCCAUGCUCUGUUGAGAGCCCCCGAUUAAUCGAUUUUUGGUCGAAAAUUUCAGGGUUUUAGUCGACCGUGAAUUUCUUUGGUUGAUCACAGCUCUAUACAAGUCCUCCAAACAGGUUAACUGCUAAACAGAAAACCAUCAAACCUGUUAAACAAACCUCUGUGCCAACUAAUUUAAAAUUCCUAAGAAUAAGAAGAACUUUUUUGAUCCCUGAAGGGAAAUUCAACUGUCUGUCAUCUCAUUUGUCAUGUCUCUAAAAGUCAUCUACUAAUAACGGAAGAGUUAUAAAGCCUGAUGGCUGUUGGUAUAAAAGAUCUUAUAAAUCUUUCUGUCGUGCAGCGAAGAGAGAGGAGCAGUCCACCACCAUUCGCCUUUUGGUCCAUCAAGGUGUUGUCCAUUUUCUUCAGAAUAGUCUCCACCUUCUUCAGUGUAGAUCUCUCCACCACAUCCUCCACUGAGUCCAGCUUGAGUCCUACCACAGAGCCAGCCUUUUUCACAAGUUUGUUCAGACGUCUUGCAUCUUUGUGUUUGAUACUUCAUCCCCAGCGGACUACAACAUAGAACAGAACACUAUAGACACCACAGACUGAUAAAACAUCUGCAGCAUCUUACUACAGAUGUCUAUUGAUCAGAGUCUUCUUUCUGUAGAUGAAGUCGAUAUUCUUAGACCAGUCCAACUUAUUAUCCAGAUGAUGAUGAUCUAAAUCAGUGGUUCUCAAGUCCAGUCCUCGAGGCCCUCUGUCCUUCAUGUUUUGGAUGUUUCCCUGCUCCAACACACCUGAUUCAAAUGAUUAGCUCGUUAUCAAGCUCUGUAAAGGCUUACUAACGAGCUGAUCAUUUGAAUCAGGUGUGGGCCUCGAGGACUGGACUUGAGAACCACUGAUCUAGAUGGUGGCUGCCACUCCUGGUCCAAAUAGAAAUUAAGAGAUAAGACCAGUUUAAUUUGUCAAUGUUUGAACCUGCAGAAAUUAAUGGAAGUUAGUUGUGACACUAUUAUGUCCGAGCUUGGGAAAAAACUGUGUUAGCGAUGUUGAUGGUGUGUUCUCUGCACCAAUCAUCAGUCACCUGAGCUUGAUCAAUGCAUCCCUGACAUAGUCACGGCCUUUGUCACUUUUUCUGCCUUAAUCUCACAUAAACAUUUGAUUAACCUCCUAAAAUGCCAACUGGUCAACAAAGUUGUACAAAGCCGCCUGUAAGUAUCCUCCAAUAACAUGCAUAACGCAUUAUUAGAUGUAUUACUGAUGCACUCAUGAUGCAGUCAAACACAUAUGCGAGGCUGCACAGCGAGUAUAUCCCCUUGUUUGAAAAAGUGAAAAGCUAAGCCCUCUGUCUUGUCUGCAGGCCGUAAUAUCCGAGUCUUUUACUUGUUUACAGUCACCCAAAAAACUGAGCCCUUUUCCUUGUCUGCUGCCUCAGAAUCUCAGCCCUUUUUCUUGUCUGCAGGGCUGGAACAUUAAGCUUUUUUUCUCUUUAGUCAAUCUCAUCUUGGUCGCUUCAACAGUCCAACAUAACUUCUGUCCACUGUCAUUUCUUCCAUCAGAAAAUCUAAAUUUCAUUACUUCAAAAAGCAUCGGCCCAGUUACUUAGCAAGCCUCCUUUCAGUAGAAAUAAAACAUAAUAAAAAUGUUAAAUGUAUUUCUAAAAAAAAACACCAAAAACCAAAAAAACAGGCUGGAGUAAAGAUGACACAAAAGGCACAACACGGUUUACAAAGACAAACAGAAAUCCAAAAGUGAAAGUAAAAUUUCCCAUAGAGCCCUGCGGGAACACAGUUUAUUGUGUUCAAACAUGCUAAUACAUAAUUACCAUACAGCCAGAGCCAAACUGACGCUCCUUCCAGAAACAGGAGCCAGUGAAAUGUUUUGGCAUCAAUCAUCCACAUCAUAAAACCAGUGACAGCUGGUGAAAUAAAUACAUAAAGUAGGACAACAAAGUGGGUCAUUUGAUUAUACCUGCAGAGAGAUGGUAUGUGUAUACCAGGGAGGAAGUAAAAAGUCUGCACCUGGAGGUGGUGCAACCUAAAAACAUCAUGCCUCUUUGUGGUUUUGACUGAAUGUUUAAUCAUCUAUAUCUUUAUUUUUAUGUGUGGUUGCUGUUCCCUACAUAAAGUAGUUUAGGCAAUAAAGGACGACUAGCAAACCACCUACUGUGCUGUUUCAUGUUUGGUUUUCAUUUAGUGACUUUCUCAAUGACGUAUUUUAAAAUAUACUGAGUUUGAAUUCUUUCCUACCUGUGAUCAGUAUAGUGCUGCGUAAUCCCGUUAUUGUCUGAACCUGGUUUUAGCAGAGUGGUUGCAGUAACAAACUGUGGAUGCACGGUGGUGGUCCUGUAUGUUUGUGUGACACCUUGUCCCUGCAGAAACAUGCAGAAAGCAGAGGAAGAGCUGCAGCUACAGAAACUCAGUGUAGUUAUUUUUAAUGAUGAAUUCAUUUUACCCAUUAGACCUCAGAAGUUCACUCCUCAGACAGAGAAAUUACUCGAAUUUGAUGCUUGGAGGCGGUUAAUUCAGACCAUGCAUUCUUCUUUUUUUUAGCUUUUAAAGACUAAUAUUUUCAAUUAAAAUGAUUUUAAAAAUAAAUCUGAGCAAGCCUAAAGGUCCUUGCGCACCGGGAAUGAUGCAAUAUACGACACGAAAUUACGAAAUAUUUGGAGGCACCUGACUAUACACAUCAAGCGCAAUGCGAUUUUGCGACUUUCUGGAAGUAAAAGAGUGAGAUGGCUGUCUGUCAUGAUAGCAUGUACUGAGUCGGGGCCAGUACCAGAUAAGCACAUUAAACUAUAAUCCAUAAACGUAAGGUAACAACCGAGACCUCAUGGUGCUGUGACAGCAACGCCAUUGAGUUUGAGACAGUGAAAAUACAUAUAGUAUGUUGUAUCUGAACAGGUUAGCUUACAAGCUAAAGUUACUUAGCACAGAUGAAAGUUAAAACAAAGACGUUUAGCAAACUGUUAAAGCACACAAACCAUCGCCAUAUGAGAGAUCCGACGCUGAAAUAAUCGCACAAUAAAAACAGUCCUGGUGUGAAAGGACCUUCAAAGACAAGACCUGAAAUUAUUUCACAAGUACAAGUUAACACCCUUAACACUAGGGGGUCAUCUGGCACUGAUUAUUGAUAGAUUAUGCAAAUGAUAACCAACACUAAAAGCUGAUAUGAAUUUACAGUAAAACAGGGUUUCUGCUGGGUCUUAAAGAGUCUUAAAACAUCUCAAAUCCAAUAUUUUGAAUUUAGGGCUUUUAAAUGUCUGAAAUUCCUUUAAACCUUAUGAAAUGUCUUAAAUACAAAUUUGAAAGCUCUGAAAGUGUAUUGAUGGUACUUACAAAUAAAGAUUGAUUUGAAAUCAGUUUCAAAUGUCUUUUGUACUUUUUUGCCAGUAUGGAUAUAAAAUGGAUCUUAAAUUGUAUUCAUUAUGGUCUUAAAAAAAAGUCUUAAAUUUGACUUGUGGAAACCUGCAGAAACUCUGGUAAAAGUGAAAAUCUUUUGUCAAGUUCAGAACUUGUAUCUGUAAUAAAAAAAAAAAAAACAGACAAAAAAAACAAAACAAAAAGUGAACUACUAAUUGAGAAGGAUAAAUAUGUUCAAUAGUUUUGCCUUUGAAAACGGUCUUUCAUGAAUUCACUAGCAGUGCAAGCUCAGAUUUUUAACUAUUGUAAUUGUAGCAGUAGUUAUUAUUGGGAAAUUAGUCACCUAAAGAGAAAGACAGGUCUCACUUUAAAUUAAUGUAUUUUACUGGUAACUCGUUGAAUAAAAUACAAACAAUACAAGAAGAUACUUUACUCUUAUAUCUACCUAACUCAAUAACUCAAGAGAACAGUAUGGCUAUGCAAAUUUUGGUCUGCUGAUUUAAAAAGUGUAGAGUUCUGUAGAAACUCUGGAUUUAAACCAACAUCUUAAAGAACUUCUGUAGUAAAAAACUUGGAGCCAGACUCUGGCCGUCAGCAGUAAGAAGUAUGGACACGUUUGGUUUGUGCAAAAAACAGCUGAGCACUUAAAAGUUUAGUCUGCUUAUUAAUUUCCGAACCCAAACUGACAUAAAGAUACAAAAUUUAUCACCAGAAAUGUAAAAUUUACUGCCAAGAAUUACAUUUAUGAAGAAAAAGUGCAACAAAUCUUCACAAAAAGGAAUCAAAUGAUGCACACAGUCUGAAAAAUGAUCACUGCAGUGAAUAAAUUAGUUGCUCGAUGUUUUUUUUUUUCUUCUAAGUAUUAAAUUUCAGCCCAACAGAUGAGAGUUAAAGAGAGUCAUUGUUAAUAAAAUCCAAAAUCGAAAAGCUGCUUGUGUUCGCAGAACUUCCUCAUUCUGUUCACACUCGGCGCUCGCCAAGGACAAGCAGGGACUCGUGUUUGGCAGGAGGUAUAUCAGAGAGAGAAACAGUCUGAGUGAUGAAUGUGGAUCUGAGAUUUAAUCAUCAGUUAUAUAAUGUUUUAAGUGUUGGUCAGAGAAUUCAAGACUAACUUCGUCAAGUUUUGGUGACCAAUAAUGAAAAUUGUUUGUCAUGCAUCUGAUGUUUCCCGUCACAUUUUUAAUCUCCCCCCUCCUGCAGGCACGGGGACGUUUGGUCGGGUCUUCCUGGUGAAGGACAAGAAGAGCAGAAACUUUUUCGCCCUGAAGCAGAUGAAGAUCCCUGAUGUGAUCCGACUGAAGCAGGAGCAGCACGUCCACAACGAGAAGGAGGUGCUGACGGAGGUCAAUCACCCUUUCCUCAUACGACUGUGAGUCUCCCUUUUAAAGUCUCUUUGUCAUUUCAGGGUCCCUGAACCUUCACGCACUUCUUCCAGGUGGUUUUUGUUAGUAGUUUCUGCAGAAGCGUAAAUUCACCUUGCCUGCCAACCUUUCUGCCUUUAAUCUGAUUGAAUAUUCACCUUUUUGUCACCGUCUCACAAGAUCUCACAAAAUGAAAUAAAUCCCAGUUUAAUUCUGUGAGGAAUCUCCAUAAUAUUUUAAAUUUCCCUGCUGAUAUAAAUCCAAUAUCGCUCCAGGAGAUAAGGAGCAGAGUCUCAUACUAGGACACCUCAGGCCAGUCACACUCAGCUCACUCUGCUUUAAUAAGACUUCAGAAUACCUCUGUCCUCUAAGCUUCAUCUUUACUCAUCCCUGAGCAAAUUACUUCCUGUUUACAAAUUUGAAAAACAAUUUCCUAAAGCCCCCCCACUGAUGCUUCAGGGAAGACGCUGUCAGGAUCUGAUCUAUUUUUGAUUUAAUACGUGCAAAAUCCUUGUAGAUAUUUAUGUUUUUACCCAGAAAGCUUCUUAAUAUGAAAUGCUGCUUUUUUCAGGGUAUUUACCUGUGUGCAUGAUUGACUGACAGCUCAUUAUUCCACCUGCUAAAUCAAGAAAACUGUGAAAAACAAUGUGAGGACUUUUAUAGUCGAAGAAAUGAAGAAAGCCUGAAAGUAAAAUCUGGAGUCUAAAUUAGAGGUGUCCUGAUACAUCUUCUUGACUUCCGAUACGAUACCGACAUUGUAGCCUUCAAUAAUGACCGAUACCGAUAUUGAUGCAAUGUUGGCAGCUUUCAAGUCUACACCCAUUACUCGAUAGCUGCGUUUACAUGGAUACAAAUAAUCAAAACAAAAAAUGCAUCUUCCGCUCAAUCAUAAAGAAAUUGUAUUCCGAUUGAGAGAGGUGGUUUACGCCAAUCAUUAUUGCGAAACCUGUCUAUGUAAACACUUAUUCUGUUCGUGAUUCCAUUCGUGUGCCCGAUAUCGUAACGCAUUUCUGCCGUUUGCGACAAAACUUAAACAUGGCAGCAUCCAAUUGGUAGGGUUGGGUAUCAUUUGAUUUUGAACGAUUCCGAUUACAAUUCCUCGUUUCGAUUCCGAUUCCUAUCGAUUAUUUUUCAAUUCCUAUUUCAAUUCUUUAAAAGGCAGGACAUUAAAAAAAAUGCAUGGUUUAAAUGAGGGCGCUAACCGGAGUGCUUCCUUUUUUUGAUUUUUUUGAUUUUUUUUAUUUCUGAACUUCUCCAUGAAUUUUUAAAUCAUAUUAACUUUUUAAGAACUCUAUUAUGAAUUUCUCACAGGGCUAUUUUCAACCAAUACAUAAAUAUCAUUUUUUGUUGUCAGGUCAUUUAUCUAUGAAAACGUACAAGGGCUAAUGUUAGUUGGAUAUUCAAGUUGACCCACCGUGCACAGUGCAAUUUAUUUACCGCUUGAAAGUUAGCAGAGGACAGAAGUAAUUUAUUGUUUCACUGAUCUAAUUCUGACUGGUUAGCUGAAGACCGGUGUUGUGCCGUAGAAUGUAUCCCCUCCAUUCUUUAGCUACUUAAAGUGGAAGAAAAUGAUCUCAUAUUUUAAAAAAAAACAUGAGUAUUAGAUCAUGACAACAUGUCAAAUGGAGCAGCAAACUUUCGUUUUGUUUUUAUGUGUCUCAAAAAUGCACACAUAGAGGUGUACUUGGGUAUAUAAACUCUACAGUAAGCUGUGAAGGUAGAGAACAUUAUAUUUUCGGGACAGCAAAUAUUCAGAAUCAGAGGGCUGUUGUUUUCGGCUUAUCUGAAUAGUCUGAAUAGAAUCAUUAAAGGCACACGCUUUAGAUUCCGUCCAACAGUAAGGAAAACUUAGAUUGUUUCACCUUGUUAAGUACUUCCAACCACGCUCCCGUCAGGGGUGCAAUCUACGGCAGGGGUGCAUUCUAUGGCACAACACCAGCGAAGCACAUCAAAGACGGGGCACUCAGGUAUUUCUCCUCUAUGAAUCCUGAGGUGUUUAAUGAAUUGUUAGUCCCGGUCCCCAUCGAUGCUCGAUUCUCGAUACCCAACCCUACCAAUUGGUCUGUGUCUGACACAACUUUAUUGCUGGAUUCGGUCUCCUCGUGUAACACAGGAUUAGUAUGUGCUAGGUGAUGAUGAUCAUGUAUGCUAGGAGCAAUACAACCAGUCUCAGAACCUGGCCCAGCAGCACAUGCGUCAAUUCAACUCUUCUUCUUUGGAUAAUUAGACAACUCUGUGCAUGUCCAAAUGCUUCUAAUCUAAAUAAAGCUUGGUGCAGGUAUACGCAUGUCAUGAUCGGAUUAUUUGAUUUUACACCCAUUAAAACAGUGGAUUCAGAUUUUCUGAUUCUGAAAUUUUGCACAUGUAAACUAAAGUCUUCAGAAAUACUGCCUUAUCAAAUCCACACAGUCUACAUGGAGAUGAAAGACUUUUGCUUUCACCAUUGCCCAUUUACAAACCACCCACAGAAGAAAGAAGAUGAAAUAAGAAUUCGGAAGUUUGAAGAAAUUUGGCCUCAAGAUGAAAAAAACAUUUCUUCUUUGGUGGUUUGUAGAAUAUGCACCAAAAAAAGAAGAAAGCUUUUAAAAUGAAGGUGUUUAUUUGGUGUAAAUAAAUGUGCUUCUCCUGUGUCAGUCAGCGUUUGUUGUGCUGUGCUAAACUGGUUUGAACUUCUUCAUGUGAAUCCAAAAACAUUUUUGAAAUUUGAUUCCAAAAAGUUGCACCUGCUGAAGCUUUUACAAUUCAUUCAGGAUGGUUUUUGAUUAAAUAGGGGGAAAGAAUCUUUGUAAAUGCAAACAAAAUCAUUAAAGAUAAGCAAGUUAGGUACUGCUAUUUUUCCUCAGUUCAUGCUGAGAUUGUCUCACAAGUAUCCUUCUCUCAUAUGUAUCACAGAAAAACAGACUAUCAUCCUUCUAGAUGAGCAGCUUUGCAGCACAAACGAAUCAACCAGAAUCUAUGUUGGUUUUUUCUGUGGUUGUUUUUAAGAUGAUCAUUAUAGUAUUCUCUAACGCCCAUCUAUGCAAGCUGUUCAACUUGAGCGAGAAUCCUGUUGAAGUCAAAAAUUGAAAUCACUGAUGACCGCAUUUGAACACUUUGUUCUGCAAAAAUACAAAAAUCAGACACGUUUUUGAAUCUGAUUUUAAUAAACACCAAACGUUUUAAUCCAAAACAUUUUAAAAAGCAGAAACAUAUUUCUCAGCACUACCAAAGUGAUUUGGACCCAGAAUUUUUUGGGUUUGUCGAUUGGUUUUUCACAUAUUUUUACAAGUUGAGUGCAAAACAGCUCCAAUGGUUUCAUGAGAGAUAAGGAUACAGUGCUGCAUUUGUGUUUUUGCUGUAUAAGAUGGCAUUUCUGGGUGUUGAUUCAGCUGCUUUUUAUGCCUUAAGUCUGCAAAAACUGGAGUUUGGCAUGUUUUGUUAAAGAUCUGACUAUACUGCAUGGUUUUCAUUUAGGAUCAGUGCAACCACAGUAAUGAAAAGGUUGAGUGUUGUUGCAAACACAGCUGAAUCAAUACAUUUUAGAUUUAUGUUUAGAAUAACCACAGAGUUUGCAUCGUCUGAUAGUCUUCUGCAGACAUUUCUAUGAUUUCAGAAGGUCUUAGAGACUUUAAAGUGCUAUAUAAAAACGCAUAAGUCAUAUGAGUUGCUCCCUAACCUUAAAGAGCCUGUAAACAAGACAGUGAACUAAAUCAAUCCUCCCUGCAGCACUGUGUAUUUGGGAAUAAGAAUAAUUUCAGAUUGAGCAGCAGAAAGAGAAAAGGCAGGAGGAUGUGUGCAGAUAAAGCAGCAGUGGAGCCCAGAGCCAGUAAUCGUCCUUCUGGCCUGCAGCCAGCACUUAUGGGAAACACUGGAGCCUCCUCCAUCUUCAUCAGUGACACAGUCUCUUGUUUUUAUUCCUCUCGAGUGCCCUUACAGCUCAAAUCACUGCUGCACACGAAUCCAAACCUCAGCAGGAGAUAAAAGGGUGUGAGAGUGAUGCAGCUGCUCAUUUUAUCUGAUUUCAACGAGUCAUCGGACACUACUUUAACACUCUAAUCCUUCACUGAAACUGCAAACAACAGUAUGAUGUUCAACAUUUGAGAAAAGGACUUUUGACUCAACUGCAUCAUCUUUGUUGUCUUUUUGUAGCCAUGACUUUAACCCCAGGCUGUUGGGGAGAAAAGUUCACCCACAGGUGUACAUAAAGGUGUUCCCCAAGGUUCUGUUUUGGGGCCAUUAUUAUUAAGCUGCUUUGCUAAGAUAGUCCGAAUUUUGUGUAUCUAGACCGAUGACAUUGUGAUUUACAUCACUAUUCACCUAUUCAAGCUACUAUUUGAUCAACUACAGCUUGUUAUGAGUGCGACUGAAGUAACAGACUGAUUCUCGCUUCCCAGGACUUUGUGAGAAAACUACCAAAAAAUGGUCUCAAAAUUAAGUCGUAAAUGAAUUUAGUCAAUACCAAAGUUAUCCUAAUUUGCAUAAACAGUUUUCCAAGGUUUAGCUUAGUUUUUUGCUGAUGAAACUGUGAUUUUACUACGUUGCAUUUCUCUUUGCAGGAGCUUUUGCAAAUCUUCUUUUUUAACCCUGUUUUUUGCAUAUUUUUUAGUCCCACUUUGACAAAAAUCUGAACCGAGGCUAUUAAGUUGGAGGAUGUUACCACUGCGGUACUUGUGAAAUUGAAAUGAUUGAAAUUGGAUUAUUGGUUUGAACUUAUGGAAAAUACAAAGUUAACGACAGUGAGUCACUCAUACAUUUUCGAAGUUAAACCGAAUAUUAUUCUACGCAUUUUAUUUCUGAAAAUAUUUGUGGCAAUCAGCGAGUUUUGGCAGGUUACUGAUUACUCUCAAACGGGCUAAAAUUUGCCGAUUUAAUUGGCUCGCCGAUAAAUCGGGCCGUACUUAUUAGCACACCAGGCCAGCAGACAGCAUCGUUAUCUAAACCUGAACAUUGGCUCAGUCAACUCCAAUAAAUUCAUACAAUGAAGUUUUCAAAAAAGGAAGUUGGUUGGACAAGAUGAGUUGUGAUGAAUAGGAGUUUUCUGUUCUUUCUUUUCAACCUUUAGAUUUCCUUAAAUUAGCCUAAAAAGGUUAUUCUUUCAUCUUUUUCAAUUUCUACGCUGAUAAUGCUUUCAUUUACUUCUUUGUUCUCGGUUCUGUUGAAGCUCUCCAAAUCUGUUGCGCAAGCAGUACAUCAUCUGGUUGAUUUACUUCUACGCCGAUGAGACUUUGAUCAUUGCUUUGAGUCUAAUCCUGCUCCUACAAAUGUUUAUCGUGAAUAUUUUAGAGUAAACCAUAUUUUUUAAAAUUGGUAUCAACUUUAAGAAAAGUGUGUUUUCUCAUGAUGACAAGGAUCCAAGGACGGCACAGCUAGCAUUAGCAGUUUAGCUACAACUAGCGGUGCAGCCACCAGACCAAAGCAGCAAUCAGUUGUAUUAUCUUUGUUUACAUCAUCUAAUGUUGACAUUUUAAGGCAUCUUUAUUAUCCCUGAGGUGGCGAUUUGUUUAUUUUGGGUCUUGCAUACCUGCAAAAACACUUAAGACUGUAAACUAGUUCACUGUAUUAUCUAAAUUUAUUGUACUCUUGAGUUGAAAUGUUUUUUUAUAUUUGUCUAAGUGUAUCUUAUUCAAUUUGCUUUUUUAUUUACUUUGCAUGUGAAUAAAAUGUUGAACUAAUCUCUAGUUUCUUUAGUUUUUAGUACAGAUGCUUUAAAACUUGCAGUUUAAAAAAAAAUCGUAACAAUAAUUUUGAUCGGACGAUACAACAAAAUAUAUCGUGAUCAUUUUUUUGCCAAAUCGCCCAGGCCUACCUUGACUUAAGUUGUUAUCUUUUUUUAUGUAUUAGCUUAUUUCAGGAUCAUGUCCACCUACAGAUCCUCCUUAUCAAACUUGGUAGAAUAGGAAAGUAAAAGUCUUCUAGAAAUUUUAACAACCCAUUGUCUCACAAUUCAGUGCUUAACUUGCUUUUAACUAGCUUUUCUGCAGUUUUUGUCGGGGACCAUCUUUAGAUUGAUCUGAAACUAAAAACCUCGGUCACUACGUAUGUCUUUAAAUCUACCGUGUCCAGGCUGUCUUUGUUUCAGUGGGUCAUUUUAAGACUUUAAUUCGGGCUCGAGCCGAGAGCGCAGCUCUGCGGCAAAGCCCUAUUGUAAUCCAAAGGGUUCCCGAUUAUUAUUAUUAUUAUUUUACGGCGUCUGAAAGCACAAAUUUGACGCCCUGAACGACCUCGAAAUCUCACAAAAAUUUGCAGGCAGGUCAGGCCUGGCGAAAAUCGCAAUGUUUUACAGUGACCCAUAAAAAACGAUUAAAAAAUGGCUCGCUAGCGCCCCCUACAAAGCGCCAUGAACAUUGACUUUUUCCAAUCUGCCUGAAAUUUUACAGGCACGUGUAACCCAACAAGAUCUUUGAUUUUGCUUGCUUGGACUUUUUUCUCGGACGCAUGGUUAAAGAGUUAUUCCAGUGUUUUUGGCCCAUUUUUACCAUUUUCAUAUGUUUUAUUUUGACCAUAGCGCUUCUGUUUGAAUAAAGAAGAAAAACCAGAAUAAAUAAAGCUGAAAUUAAAAAAGCAGUUUUGUUUUCCAGGUUUUGGACACACCACGAUGAGCGCUUCCUCUAUAUGCUCAUGGACUACGUGCCAGGCGGCGAGCUCUUCAGCUACCUGCGCAGCCGCGGUCGUUUCAGCAACGCCACCGGCCUCUUCUACACCUCUGAGAUCGUCUGCGCCAUCGAGUACCUGCACUCCAAAGAAAUCGUCUACCGAGACCUGAAGCCCGAGAACAUCCUGCUGGACGGGGAGGGACACAUUCGCCUGACGGACUUCGGCUUCGCUAAGAAGCUCUCUGACAGGUGACGGAAAUGAUAACACGAUCCAAUCAAGUGCAGAGUGAUUUAUAAAGAGGUUAAAGAAAUCAAAGUGACAGAGAGUGGACUGAAAGUGAGAAAAGAGAGAUAGAAAGAGCCCUAAAAAUCAGUGAAUAAAUCUUCUGUGAACAUGGAGUUUAAGAAGGGAUUUAAGAGAUGAUAUUGAUUUUCAGUCGGAGCUCAGACAGCUCAGUCUGCAGACGGAGAGGCCGGAGUGAGAAGACAUUGUCGGCUGCAGAUUGAAUCCAGACAUCUUUUUAUGCAGGAGUCUGAGCUGGCCUUUUCUUUUUAUGUUCAAGGAGCGAAAAACAAGAACGAUUUAAUUAAAAUGUAGAGUUGAACGAAGAUAAUAGCAGCAGUUUAAUGGUUUCUAUUAGAGCUACAAAGAUGAACCAAUUAGUAAAACACUCAACAUUCUCAGUUUUUCACUUUUAGGAAUAUUUGAAAAAUAAAAAAAACAUGUUACCCUCUCAGAUUGUUUAGUUUGGACCAAUCAGAGUUAAUUAAUGGGUAAAAACAAAACGUGCUUAUAAACCCUGACAACUUAUCAACUUUUUAAUGAAAGGAAUAUUUUAGUAUUUUUGAAGGGAAGUUGUACGAGUUACAUGCAACUAGUUUGUGGAUGCAGGGCUCGACAGUGCGACCAUUUCACUUGCAUUUGCGACUAAAAAUAGAUGUGUGCGAAUUUUUAAAAUGUAUUUAGGGGCACAUGUGCGCAUUAAAAAAAAAUCAGCCGCGGCAUCAAAUGUUUUUUACUAUAAAUACCGCAGUGAAGUUAGUUUUAGGUUGGAUAUCCGACAGACAUUCACAGCAGAUCUACCGGUGUAUUCUCACUCUUCAUAAUGCCAGCAGCAGCGCGAUUAAAUCUACUCUGCACCCUCGCUGUCAGAGUCGGGUGUUAAAUAAGGGACCAUCAAUAAAUAACAGGUUGAUGUUCUCAAAAAAGGCUGUUUUCCUUCAAUAGCUUCCAUGUCAUGUGACCAAUUGACCUAAAAUUGAUUUCAUAUAAUAGUGCCAAAGUUGACCAAUAAGACACACAUUAUUUGAUCAAUUUUCAUUGUGCCCCUUAAAGCUCAACUUAGUAGCACAUUAGCUCCUUGCGAAAAAAAGUUAGUGUCAAGCCCUCGUAUGUCAGACAAGGUCGACUGUGCCACCGCUAAUUUAUAGACUCUGAUCCAAACACUCCUCUCUGUUUAAAUGUAUGCUCCAUACUCAUCAAUUUUACUCUAACUUUGCCAUCAGAAAAAUUGUGUUUUUGCUCUAUCUGCUGUGUUCAGAAAAUAGUGUGGAACCAAAUCGCCUUUCUGAUGACACGGUGAAUGUCAAAUUUCUCAGUAAAACCGUGCACUCGAACCUGGAUGUGUAAAGUUAGACGGAUUAUGUGUAUGUAGAAAACUGUAGCCUAGUUUGCCUGCCAGCUCUCUCAGCAGUUUCUCUUUAAAGCUGACCGACAUCCCCUGUGGCACUUGAUUUUGAUUUGCAACUCAUUCAACCUCACUUUAAAAAGUGAAAUAUCCCUUUAAACCGAGAAAUAAUCACAGGUUACAUAUUAUAACUGGGAUUGUCAGAGGACGUCUGGUUUAAUUGAGCUGGAUUUGAAGUUUGGUGUGUAGAUUCGCUCUCCUGUGAGAAGAUUUUAGCUGGUUAUGAAACAGACUGAUACUAAUAUUGAUGCCUGUCUUUGCAAAACCAACGAGACCCUCAGCGUAAAAAUCGACUGUUUCUAUAAAGGGACUUUUGAUGCUGCUGCUGACAAAGCUGCAGAAAAUGUUUUUUUACAUCCUGCACAACAGAAACUCUCUCGCCCGACACAAUUUAUCCUGAAGGCAGAGUGAGAUUUUAGCUCUAAAUAAACAUCUCUCACAUACAAGAUAAAAUAUCAAAUAAAAGGCAGAUUUUAUCUCAUGUAUCUAUGUGGAUAUUCUUGUUCUUCUGCAGCCAAUUUGUGACAAUAAACAGCAAAAGGAAAAGUCGAUUGCAGGCAGAUAACAUUUUAACAGCUUGUCCUUGGUAAAUUAAAGUUUCAGUACAAAUCUUAUAGAAGGUCAGAAAGAUCCGUCUUUUAAGUCUAAACUUACACAAGCAGCCAAAAAGCGAAUCAAAGUGCAGGACGACCUCCAGACUGCAACAAAUCUUCGAUGUGUUUCCCCUCAAAGUUCAAUUCCCCGCUUUAAUCAGGAAUUUCCUCCAAAUCCUCGGCGUGCACGCCGGGGAUAAAUCUUAGCGUGGCUCUGCCCGCGACAGUGAGUACAGUGUGAGUUCUGAAGAACACCGACAGCUGCUCUGACGCUCAAUUUCUGCUGACAAUCAAUCAGACAUCAAACAGAAGAGCUGCCAGCAGAGUCACAACUGUCAUCAGACAGCACACGCAUGAAGACUGCAGGAGGAGGUGACAGAGGAGGGGAAGUGUUCGGAAAAUGCAGCAGGAAUGCUUGACUGUGACCUGAGUCCCAUAACUGUGCUAAUAGACUCUAUGAGUGUCAAGGUCCUUAAACACCGGGACUGUUUUUGUCGUGCGAUUAUUAUGGACGUCAGUAUUUUUUUCGAACCAAUAUCCUGUCAAUACAAUUGAAAAUGACCUGGAGGACAACCUGUGGAGAGUCAUAGCGUCAGAUUUCUCAUAUGACGAUGGUUUGUGCGCCUUAACAGUUUGCUAAACGUCUUUGUUUUAACUUUCAUUUGUGCGUAAGCUAAACGUAAGCUAACAGUUGUUACCAUAGUUUAUCUGGUACUGGUCCCGACUCAGUACAUGCUACCAUGACAGAAAGCCAUCUCAACACUAGUGUCUAGUGUCUAGUCCUCUGCCUCUUCAAACUUGGAGCUAAUAGUUUCAGCAGAACUUCAAAUUGUCCAACGGGUGUUUGCAGGUCAGGGUUUGGUACUGAAAUGAAAAGCGUGAUGCAUGUUUUGUUGAACCUGUAGGGGGUCACCAGUCCAAACAGGUGAUGUGCACACUGGAAUAAGUCCUGGAGGAUGUUUUGUGUUGUCUGUGGGAAUCAGAGGAUGUGGUCCAGUGCAGGUAGCUGUUGGUCAGUGGCUUCACGUGCCGCCUUUGUGAUUCUCUGCAGGUACUUUUUAUCCGCUGCAGAGCUGCUGCCAUACCUCAGCCGGAUGCCGUGUGUGAGGGCGCUGCCGUGAGUUCGGUAUUUAUGACGUGAGGUUGUGUGAGGUACUCAUCAAGAGUUAGUGUAUUACUCACAGGUUAUCCAGUCAGACCGGCCUCUUUGUCUAAAAACAGUCUGGAGAACAAGAACAGAAGCCAGAAUAUCAACCUCUGCAGAUGGGGUCUGCUCAACCGCUUCAUUUAGAUCAUUUCAACAAACUAAAACCAAAGUGUCAGUGUUUUAUCUAAUAUCUUUAUGACUUAUCUCUUUGGGGUUACAAGAGGGGCUGGAUCUCAGAGUUAAACAACUAGUCAUAAACAAACUCACACCUACAGGCAAGUAAGAGUGAUGAAUUAACCAAAGAGCAUGUUUAUGAACUGUGGGAGGAACCAGUUUGGCAUGAGAGGAGAAACUCCACUUGCAAACUCCACACAUAAAGGUUCUUGCACAUGCUGGGAUUUGAACCAGGAACCUUCUCUUUGUGUGGAACCACUGCACCACCAUGCAGCCCUGUUUUUGAAGGUUAUGGGCGUUUUAUUUUGCAAUAACUGUGUGAUGAAGAUAAAAUGAUUCAUUUCAUUUUUACAAGUCCUUUUAGAUGACUAAUUAGACUUCAGGUGCUUUGAGUUUAUGUUGAAGAUGUCUGCAGGGUCUUCAAAAAUCAUCAGUAAAUUAAUUAACAAAUUUAGAGGCCUCCAGAAAAUUUUAAAAGCUGUUUUUGUUAUUUAUUUGUCAUGAGGUUUAGCUCUUAAAUUAAUGUUUUAUUGCUUCUCAGUUUGAGUUAUUUUCCUCCUGUCUAUCAGUCAUUGAUCUACACUGGGUAACAUCCUGAUAAAUCUAACAUCUUCUGAAAAGGUCAAACUUUUCGCACACCCAUGGAUAUGCCAUUGAUCCACAGAAGCAUAAUAAGCAGCAGGAGUAUCACUCUGUGUGGGAAAAGGAAAAAAUGUAAGAUUAUGAUUGGCUGUCAGUGCAGUUAGGGGUACAGGGACCCUAUAAUCCGUGCAAAUUUAACUUCUUUUAAAGUAAAACAAAAACAGAAUAAUGAGCAUAAAAAAGCAGGACUGAUAUUGAUUAAUGGAAAACAACCUCAAGUGAACAGACACAAAAACAUAAUAGAGGCAGCGAGGAAAACAGGGCCCGACUGAUAUGGAUUUUUUGGGGCUGAUACCGAUUAUUAGGGGGAAAAAAAUUCGAUUACCAAUUAAUCGGCCAAUUUUUAAAAUUUUUUAUAGGAAACAUAUCUCGAAAUUUCUGACUGUAGAUUCCAUUUUUUACCCCACACAAACCCUGAUCUUAUAAACCUUAAUGAGUCUGAACCAAAACAUGUCACAAAACAUGAACCGUCCCUUUAAAUGCUUCAUCUUUACUUUGCCAGUGCGUAAGUACAACGCGAUGAUGCACACAUGAAUGAGGUGUAUGCUCAACAAAUAGACAUUCCUGCCGUGUUGUAAAUAACUGAGUCACAUUAAUAGUAUCUCUACCGUUGACUUUACAAUCAGGGAGAUGAGCGGUGACAUAGUUUCUGUCCUGACCUUUGCAGAGUCACAUCCUGUCUGUGAGGAUUUCAAACCUGUUCUUCUGCAUCAUAGAAACUCUGAAACCAGAACAGCUCAGUGCAGUUUUCAAAGCAGGGCUGAAUCUGCUGCAGGUGUAAAAUAAGCUCCUGAAGCACCUCUCUGAUGGUGGAAUUGAGGUUGUGGGUCCAUUUCUUUUCGAAAAAGUAAUCUUAUAAUCUCACUUAGCAGCGAUUGGAGAGCUGUGCAGAGGUGUGAAAGUUUCAAAGUUCUCUGAAAGCUCUGGCUCUCUGACUGCAGCUGAACCUCAUUUAUGUGGCCUAUCGAGUCAAGACUGCAGAGACAGAAGAGAGAGCACACAGAGUGGGUAAAAGAGUGAGGGAGGAAUAAAAGGACAAUCCAAACGGAGGGGAAAGACGCGAUGGAAGGAAAAGUUCAUAGACUGGUUUGUUGAUCUGCAAAACACAUUAUUUUCCUUUGUAAUCAGCCUGUCCUUACAAUUCCCAACAUUUUAAAUAAUUCAUGCAGUUACAGAUCCAUCUGUGCAUUUUUAUCCACUUAUCUACCAAAGUGGACCAACCAUCUCUCUCCCCAGUCUUGUUUUUAUACCCCUACCUUCAGUAAACUCUGGUUUUACCAAUUGAUCUCCUUCCAGUUGGACAUACCCUGAAAACCUCCAAAUUAAGGCAUCCUGAAGGUUACUAAUCAGAUGCUCAAACCCUUUCAGUUCCCUCCUUUCAAUGCAAAGAAGUAGCAGCUCUAUUUAACACUUGUCCCCGGAUGAGGAUGUAAAUAUUAUGGAUCGGAAAUUCAUUUUUCAAACUUGUCCCCAAAUCCUGUUUAUAUGGAGUGUUGCAGCUGUAGCUAUAUAAUCCUUUGACAUCUUGACUCUGCAACACUAAAGCAAAACGACAGCAUUGGAGGGAGGGCAAUGUUAGAGGAGUGGGAGUGGCCUUGUAUGCAAAUGACUCCCUUCGUUAUGUCACCAAAGGAGCAAAUUAAAAGCUUCCCAAUAUGAGGUGGGCUCCAGCAAGAACUUUCUCACUUUUACUUUCUCAGGGUUGUUUAUCUGGAGGAUGACUUAAGUUCAUAUAUAAAGUAGGGCCCGAUUAAAUCGGCCAGUUUUAGCCUGCUUGAGACUAAUCGGUAAUCGGCCAAAACUGGCUGAUUUUCACUGAUAUUUUCAGAAAAAAAUCACCAUUUGAAGAGAUCCCCCAACUUAUCCUGUAGAUGGCGCAGCGACCUCAGUUGAAACUACUUUUCUGGUCCGAGUUUGAUCAGCCAGUCUUCCUGUCAGCGUGAGGAGCAGUAGCCUACAGUAUAUUAUCUACAGUAUACUGUAGAUAUCUACAGUAUAUAUAUAGAUAUUUUUAUAACUUCAUAAAAAAAUUAAAAAAUUGGCCGAUUAAUUGGUAAUCAGAUUUUUUUCCCCCCUAAACAUCAGCAUCGGCCCCAAACAAUCCAUAUCGGUAGGGCCCUAAUAUUAAGUUUAAAAAAAGUGGGUUUUAUUAUCAUACAGGACCUACGUAACCAACAGUAGUUUCAGCGAUGACUUGCAUGAUUGAUGUUUAGUCAACAUUUAGUCGGCUAACUGCACACCUACCAGUCUGUAUUUAUACAAACAGAGCUUUUUUUUUUUGUUUAAUCUAUAUUUUUAUUGAAGUUUUUUGUUUUUACAACAGUACAAAACAACUGAAAAUGAAAACAGGUCAUCAGGGGAAAUAUAAUACAGUUAGAGUGUCAGGGUAUUAACAUUAAUAGUCCAUCAGAUAUUCCAAAUAGAUGUGUGUUGAAAGUAUGAUCUUUACAAAAUAAUUACAGGUAGACCAAUUAUUGUACUUAAGUUAGUCACUAAAUAGACAUGAGGCCUAAACUAACCUUUGACCGAUAUCGACUGUAUUUAUCUAAACAGAGUCUUAUACCAACAGUACUUAAGCACAGAGAGCUGCUGAUCCACUGCUGCUGCCUGGAUUGUUUUUUUUUUUUGUAAAUUUUUGAACCUAAGCGAACAAAUUUAAAGUCCAAAAUCACCCAGUGUGGUGAAGGAUCAGAGAAAUGGAAGCUGACACUCCUGGGAUCACGGAGUUAAACAGAGGACUUCUGAAACUUUGCUUUUCCCAUGCUGGUCAUUAAUCCUCUAGAACGUGCAGAGCUGGAGCUCUGGUUGGAGCUCUGCUUAUGUUCAGCUUGAGUUAUUGAAAAAUGCAACAUAGUCCUCUGAGAGAUUCCCCUAUCAGUGCCUGUGAAGGACAAACUUGAUGCUGUUGAGUGUGAAUGAGACAUAGUGACCUCUGCGAAAUUGAAACGAGGAGGCGUCUUCCUCGCCGCUGUGGCGUGUGUGUCUGACCCCCGUUGAGGUGUAAACAUCAUGGAGGAAGAUUACAUUUCCUCUCUCAGCAGAUGGGAGAGCGUCUCUCUGAUGUGACUCACUUACUGAAAUCCAGGCCAGCUGAACGAGAGGACCACCGCCUCACUGCCACCAGCUCUAUUUAUCUACCCUCCGUGUUGGGGAUGCUGCCACAGCGCCCCCUGCUGGUCGAUGCACUCACCGACACGUUCAAGUUCUUUGUGAUGACACACGGCGCCCAGAGGAGCAACAACUCCUCUUCUUAUUUCCCUCUCUUUCUCUCUUUCUCCCCCCUUCUCUCCGUCCUCCACCACAUCAUUUCCAUACAAAUUACUGUCACCAUGGCAACUGGCCGAAAGAGGUCGUUACACAGGUGAUAUCGUUGACAGACGACGAGGAGAGGCUGGCACAGGGCCAAGUGCUCCUCACCGGAGGACGAGUGGCGUCCACAGAGAGAAGGAGAGGUGUCACUCUGCUGCACUGACAGACAAACAGACGACAAGCUGGAGGCGAAUCAGCUGUUUCACACUUCCUGUUGACACCCAUGUCCUCCCCUUCUUGUCCUGGACUUAGUUUUACCUGUAACACUCUGGCCCUGCAGUCACCUACAAUGUUAUUCAUCUUCUUAGUUAUUUUGUCCAAAAUUAAUGAUUCAAACUUAUCCACAAACUAUUUUUGAAGGAAAAUACAUCUGAAAAACUUUCAUACAGCUACAUUAAACUGAAAGACAAACACACCUGAUUCAAAUGAUCAGCUCGUUAUCAAGCCAUUGCAGAGCUUGAUAACGAGCUGAUCAUUUGAAUCAGGUGUGUUGGAGCAGGGAAACACCCAAAACAUGCAGGACAGUGGACCUCGAGGACUGUACUUGAGAACCACUGCUCUAGAGAAUAACAUUCUUGACCUUUAAAUUUUUUUGUAAUAAUUGCAAGUUUAAUUUUUCUAUGUGUACAAAAAAUUCGAUAAUCGUGUGUAGAUAAUGGUUUAUAUCAGAGGUUAGCAAAGGUCCUAUGUGCUUGUUUCUAUCUGCAAAAAAAAGAGGAAAAACACAGAAGCUGCACUCCCAAAAGAUUAUUUUCGGUUGUGAAUCCAAAAAAAUGAUACGGGAGGCGGGAGCUUGUCUUGUCUUCAGGCUGCAAAAACACUUAACAGUUAUUCAGUCAAACUGUUCUUUUGAGUGUUUUUAUUCAGCUCCACAACUUUCAAUCCAACAGAAGUAGCAGAAGUAAACUUUAUUUUCUCACAGUAAAGGGAAUAAAACAGCCUGAACGCCAGAUGGUAAAAAUGUGAGUUUAAAAUAUUUUUAUGUGGUCAGCCCUGUGAUUGGUUGAUUUGUUCUGGUGUAACCCUGCCUGCCAACCAGUGACUCCUGGGAUUCGUAGUAGAGACUAGGAAUGAGCAUUUUAAGAAAGUCCCUUGAUCGUUAAUCAUAUAAGUUAAUCGAUUUAAUGGAAAAUACACCGCCACCAAACUGUUGUUCAGAGAGCUCGUCGCGCUACACGCUACCAUAAUAAUUGUUUUUUUUUCUCAUUCAUGAAACGCUAAAAUCAGGGACAUUUCUGGGAGGAACUUUAGCCAGGGACAGGUCAUCCAAAACGGGGAAUGUCCCCCGAAAUUGGGAUGUCUGGUCACCCUACAGUUCCUCCUUGCUAGCCAGGAGCUGGUGGUAGGUUGAGACUGAGAGCACUCUUGGAUUCAUUAUAAUAAUAAUAAUAAUAAUAAUAAUGCAUCAGAUUUCAUAUACCGCUUUAUCAGAGACCCUCAAAGCGUUUUACAUUGGAUACAUCAUUCAUUCGCUCACACAGUCACACUUUGGUGGUGGGAAACUACCUUAGUAGUCACAGCCAACCUUCCAGUUAUUGGACGACCGCUCUACCUCCUGAGCUACUGCCGCCCACAUUAUCCUCAGUUGAGUGUUUUUGGUUCAAGUGAUUCAUCACUUGGGUCGUUGUUGUGUUAUACUUGUACGCGGCAUCACAGCGUUUUCAGCAAACCUCAUCAUUUUUCCGCUCGAAAUGAUCCCACACCACACUUCGUCCUGCUUUAAUGUUUUUUUUUUUUACUUCCACAGAAGCCCACUGAUGCUGUAUAACUCCCCUUGUAAAAUGUCAAAAUCCUUCACACGGUGAUAGACACUGCAUUGCUUCAACACAAACGCACACAGACUGGACAGAAGGGGGUAUCCCUCCUGAUCAGAAGAGGCUGAUCUUUGCUGGAAAACAGCUGGAGGAUGGGCGCACGCUGCCAGCCCUUUUUUGAUUAUGUUACGUUGAUCAAAACUUUGCGUAAUUGACAUAAUUCUUAGCGAUCAAUUACUCGAUCAUCGAUUAAUCAUGCCCAUUCCUAGUAGAGACAAUCAGCAGCUAGAUCCAGUAAAAUAAUUUGGUUUGCAGUAGGGCCUGACCGAUAUGGAUUUUUUGGGGGGCCAAUACCGACAUUUAGGGGAGAAAAAAAUCAGAUUACCAAUUAAUCUGACAAUUUUUAAAAAAUUUUUAUGAAGAUAUAAUAUAUAUAUAUAUGUAUACUGUAGGUAUACUGUAGGCUACUGCUCUUCACGCCGACAGCAAGACCAACUGAUCAAACUCAGACCAGAAAAGCGUUUUCAACUACAUGGUGAUUCACUGUUAACUCGGCGUGACUGAGACCAGCACAGCGGGGAACAUCGUGAAGUGGGUUGAACUGAAACUCGUUGACUUAUUGUUUAUUUCACAAACUGGUUUAUUUACCGUUGAGGAGGACCACUCUCCUCUGUGCGUCCCUGAGCUGCCUGCUUCAGAUCUGUCACUCUGCUGUGCUGUGAGGUAGUUAGUGGAAGAAGAUUGUCAUGAGGUCGCUGCGCCAUCUACAGGAUAAGUUGGGGAACUUUUUAAAUGGUGGAACAUUUUCGAAGUGAAACCGGAUCUUGUUCUCCGCAUUUUAUCUCUGAAAAUAUCGGCGAAAAUCGUCAAGUUUUGGCCGAUUACCAAUAAAUCUCAAACUGGCUAAAACUGGCCGAUUUAAGUGGCUCGUCGAUAAAUCGGUCGGGCCCUAGUUUGCAGUUUAUAUUUUGUUUGAUUGAAUAGUCAUGAUGACCUCAAAGGUGACCUGCAAACUGACUGACCCUGCACACCUGUUCUCCUGUUACCAUGCAGAGUAUCAUGAAGAUGACACAGGUGUGUAAGCUCAGGUGACGGGUGCAGAUCACUUUACAUCAGGGGCAAUUCUUCCUCCUGCAAACAGGAGUCUGUUUUCCUGCAGAGUGUGCUCAUACCUUUGUGUUUGCAGAGCGUGCAGAGGCUAUCAGAUGUCACAGUGUAGCGGACUAAACACGCUGAUAAUGCAGAAUCUACUCAAGCACGACACAUAUUAAGACAGGAGCGAGACUGUUUGAUCAACCUUUAACCCCAUGACGCACUCUCUGUUCUGAGAUAUUUACACACCAAACUGUUGAUUUGCUGCAGGAGAAAAUCAACUGAAGCUGCUGUGAGUUAAUCAGCUGGUGGAUCAAUAGGAAAUAAGUCCACUAAAUACUUGUUAAGUUUUGUUUACAAUGGUUUUAAUCAAAGACAGGAGGCUGACGCUCACACUGAAAAUUACUUCUACAAAAUGUUUAAUUUUGUGUUGUGCUAAAUAGCUGUUAAUUUCAAGCUAACUUUAAUUGUUGUUGAUCUAUCGGCUGAUUAUUUUCUCGAUAAAUUAGCUUUGUUUAUUGCAAAGGCAGGAAAAUAACUCUACAAUCAAAACUCUCUAAAUGAGCUUCAGUUUGUCGGCUAUUUAAUUUAAUGUGGAAGCUGUUUCAUUUCAAGUCAAAUCACCUCCUAGUGUUUGGAGACUACAUUCACUCCGUUCCUGUCUGGGCUCAAAAAAAAGUCUGAAAAAGGUGGAAAAUGUUUGCACAAGAUUAUGUCUGUGAGUGUUUUCAAAAGGCAGAUAUUUUCUUUUGCUUUUUGAGAAGAGUGAAGAAACCUGAAAAUCAACAUAAAUACUGAGCGAAAGAAACAGGAUUCAAGCUGAACUCUGCUUUAAAAAAUGGAAAGUAGUCUUUGGAAACAGAACUGAACUCUUGCUCUCAGAGUAAAGAACUUUUUCAACCUCUUCUGUAUUUUAACGCCUCCUCUUCUCUGUCUGUCCAGGACCUGGACUCUGUGCGGGACUCCGGAGUAUUUGGCCCCUGAAGUCAUCCAAAGUAAAGGUCAUGGCCGAGCUGUGGACUGGUGGGCUCUGGGGAUCCUGGUCUUUGAGAUGCUGGCCGGGUAAGAGCUGCAGAGAUCAGAAUACACUGAUCAAGCAAGCGUUUUGAACUGCGGUUUUUACAUCAGCUCCCUUUAAACACUCACAUUAUUAAAACUACAAGAGCCAAAGACUUCAAUCUCUUUGCAUCAGAGGGCAAAGACUUGAGGCUGUACUGUCAUCACACUUUUACAUCAGCUGAAGCAUUUUCAUAUUCUCUCACUCAGGGUUUAAGAGAAGGAGAAAUGAGCAGGUGGAAACAGUUUGCAGCAGAGAAACUGCACAGUCCUGUUUGAGCCGUUAUAAAAGAACUAUUUUUAUUUUUAUACAGAUAUAUGAAUCUUUUACAUGUGAUCAUAUCAUGGUGGAAGUUGCAGAUCACAUUAUUAAACACUGUAACCUGUGGCAGAUUUAAGGUCCUUACACACCAGGGCCAACACGUAUAUAGAACACGAAAUUACGAAAUAUUUGGACACGAAUUUUGACGCGCCUGACUAUACACAUCAAGCCCGAUGCGAUUUUGCGACUUUCCGGGGGGGGGAAAGACGCAUCCCGCCUCCUUCCACUCUGAUGGGCUAGAAAAGCUGAAAACAUCAUUACACGCUCAAGCCAAAUGGUCAGCAGUGAUAGCCAAUCAGAGGCGAAGGAGGGCGGGACCUUCCCUUAACAACCAGCAAAGCGAGAGGACAAAAAAUGGAGUCUACUUUAACUUCAAGUGAUGGCGAAUUGGUACUCCUUUUGCUUUCUCAAAAGAAAAAGAAACGUAGCACAUGGGUGCAUCAAAUAUUACAAAAAAGAAGAGAACCAUUUGGAACCGGUUCUCAACAAGAACCGGUUCUCGAUUCCAACCCCUAGUGAAGAAACUGAUGUCUCGAUGGGGAUCCAAAUAAAUGAUUUUUGGAAGCUACACCCGUGAUUACAAUGAAACACUGAAGCAGAGGGCGCUCCAGAGGGCUUUAGCCCAAUUUCAUCUCUGGCCAUAGGAAGUAGAUGCUUUUAAAAUAGAUUUUAAAAUUAAAGUCAUAACAGAAAGAGCAUCAUUUAUAAAUCCUGCAUAUUUGCGACUGCUGGAAAUGACGAUGACACUCACAAAGAAACAAAAAAAAAAAAAUUAAUAUUUUUAAAAAAUGGUCAGGAAUUAAAAUAUUUUCAUUGUUCCUGUUUUUAGAUUUUUUUGGGAUCCUUGUAUAUUGUGUGAUUAUUCUGCAAGAUCUCAUAAAUGAGGAUUGGUUUAGAGCAGUGGUUCUCAAGUCCAGUUCCCUGCUCCAACACACCUGAUUCAAAUGAUCAGCUCGUUAGUAAGCCAUUACAGAGCUUGAUAACGAGCUGAUCAUUUGAAUCAGGUGUGUUGGAGCAGAAAAACAUCCAAAACAUGCAGGACAGUGGGCCUCGAGGUUUGGACUUGAGAACCACUGGUUUCGAGCCCUCUUUAAACACCUUUAACAUGUAUAAUAGUAUAUAACUGACUGACAUUUCCUCUCAGUUUACAUUGUGCAGAUAAUAGGGAUGAAAACUAUUUAAAAACACUCCCAAACAUGACUUCACCUCAAGCAUAAAUAGAAAGGUAGGCACAGAAGGACUCAUUGCUACUGCAGGGUUAACCACUAGAGGGCAUUGUCUUCCAGCAGAGCAGCCCAGCCCAUCUGAGAGAGAAAGACAGUUUAUUCUGAAUAUUCUGGUGUAUCUGGAGGUGAGCAGGGAAGGAUUUGAGAGUCUGACAGACGGAUCAGGGAAGCAAUUCUCAUAUUGGGUUUUAAAUCUCACACAGACGCACAAAUCAACACACAGACAGUGAAAUCUCAGAGUUGCUCUCCACGUGUUUGGAAUAGUUGAAGUUUUACUCUCUGAAAUAAAGACAAAUAACCCGCACAUUCAUGAUGCAACCCACCAUACAGUCCUGAGAGUAAAAGUAGAGGAAUCUAUCUAUUAAUGGAGCUGCUGUUUUGUCUCAAUGUGGGAAAUCUUUUCAUUGUGUGCUUAUUGGAUUCUGCAGAGCUGCGACAAAUUAAGGAGUGAAUGAGAGUCAUUGUAGUGGGUGAGGAACAAUGACGUGGAUCCCCUCUGGAAAGGUUUAUUUAUUCCAACGCUCCCCCAUCAGUCACAGUGAAUGAUAAUCACGUGCGUGUCUGAUCAGUAUUCAGCGCGAGUCUGAGGACUGAGAUUGACUGAGGCGGGUGUUUAAUGUUUCAGGGAGACAACAGGUGGGAAUCAAUAACACAGCAGGUAAUUAAGCAAAACAGAGGAGCCGCACAGCCCCAAACUCAAUGUAGAAAAGAGAAUUUUCAGGCAAUAUUCAGGAACUUUUAUCAUCAUGUUGAACCCUUUUCACUCUGCAAAUUCGAGUUAAAAACUGAAAUCGGAGUGUUUAAAGGGGUCAGGUCAGGCAAAGUCUGAAAGGAAGAGACAUUUGCACGCUGAAGACGCCGGUGCCUACGCAGAGGAAAUGUUGAUUUGAAGGUCUAGCUUUUCAGAAAUCUGAAAAUAUCACAGCCUCUGAAUGUCUGUAAUCUAUUUGGAUACACCCAUCGGCUGCUCGUGCACAGGAUGUUCAGCUCGGUGAACAACAUGCAGGGUAACUCUGCACUGAAAAGCAAAAAAAGCAGGAGGACAACAAUUUGGAUUCAAUUGCAGUGACGUUGAGCAUGUUCAAAACUUGGUGACAAGACAACGUGUACUGACACCUGAGACGUGCUGCUACCUUUGCAGUGUGGAAGAACACCUUUGCAAAGUUUACAGGCGUACUAUAUUGACCCAAAUAUAAGACGACCCAGAUUAUGAGACAGGUAAUCUGCUUCCUUAAACAAAUGUUGAAAAACCAAACUUAUUUUUAUGAGGCAGCAGUAGGGCUGCACGAUUAAUCGAUUUUAAAUCGUAAUUGGAUUUUUUGAUUAUGACAAUGUUAAAAAAAAUUGUAAUCGGCAAAUUGAUUUUCCUCUCUAUCAUGUCUCGUGCCUUUGGGCCACCGUAGGCUCCCUGCGGGAGCACUCUCCAGUUCCCACACACUCCGGUGUAAACAAAAAUGGCGUUUGCAAAAGAAGGCAAUAAUUUUGUGGCAAGUCAGUCGUGUGGAAUUGGUAAGGCAUCGCAGUUUCAGAUGAAGAGCUAACCACUCCCCGCUGCAAAGUCUGUUUAAACGCAGUAUCAACCCAUCCACACAGUAACAAAUUCAGGAGUAAACGCAUAUGAUUUUUGUUCUAUUGCUUUUUAUACACAUGCUCUGUACUCUUCUUCCAUCUUUUGUGCACUUCCUGGGCAGCGUUACAGCACCACUUACUGGCUUGGCAUAUUCACUACAUCAUUUUGAGUGGUUUAGUUUUAAGAAAUGAUAGAAAAACUUAUUAUUUAAGUAAAGUUUGAUGAAGUUGUCACUGAAUGAAAAACUGAAAUCAAAAAUCAAGUUUUCAGAGAAAGAAAUUGCAUUUUAUUUUUGGCCAUAAUCCCGCUGCCCUAGACAGCAGGCUUAAUUGAGAUAAUUAACCGAACUGAAGUAAUUUUUACCAUCUCUUAAAUGAAAUCAUAAUUAGAGUGAAAUCAAAUGACAGUGACAGCAUUAAAUGAUUUAGAAAGUGAUCACCUGUGGAAAUGAAGCACUCAUGUAUUGUUGCACAGAGAACCACUGACUCUAGAAUAAGAUGAGUUCAGUGAAGAUAAAAAAAAAAAUCAUUUCUUGCAAGCAACAGUCAGAUUUGAUAGGAUGGAUCCUUUUUUGAGAGAUCCCUGACCUCCUGCGUUUUUACGUGGAAUGACAAAGCCUCCCUCAGCUUCAUGUGCAGACAUGAAAGCCAAGUCAGGAUCAACAGCAGCAAAGACAGGCCAAAAUUUUAAACAGAUUUAUUGGACAACUGACAUUCGCCUUCACCAGCUUGGUCAACCAGGAGAGUUCCCAAAUACUAUGGCCCGACCGAUAUGUUUUUUUGGGGGCUGAUGCCGAUACAGAUUAUUAGGGGGGAAAAAAUUCGGACCAGAAAAGCGUUUUCAACUACCCAUCACCCGUCAGAUCCAUCACUCUGCUGUGCUGUGAGGUAGUUAGUGGAUGAAGAAUGUCAUGAGGUCGCUGCGCCAUCUACAGGAUAAGUCGGGGAACUUUUCAAAUGGCGGAACAUUUUCAAAGUGAAACUGAAUCUUAUUCUCUGCAUUUUAUUUCAGAAAAUAUCUGCGGAAAUGGGCGAGUUUUGGACGAUUACCGAUUGCUUAGAGCUGCAGAACCACAUGCAGAUUCCAUUUUAAUAUCCCCACUGUUCUCUGACAGGUGCAGAAAUUUAGUAAAGGGGCAUGAACAUUUUGCUGAAAACAAAGAAAUUUGGUUGAUAUAUCUGAUAAAAAUGGACUUGUGGAAAAAUCGCCCAUUAAAUUCUGAUGAUUUAGUCGUCUGAUUUUGGUCGAACCUUCCUGCUUUGGUGCGAAGUGUCUUCCUCCAGUCGUCCUUAAAGGUCAGCAGUGUGCCAGCUGACUCCCCCUGCAUCCAUCUUCUUUAUAUCCUGCUACAAAAAGCCACGGAUUUGAAUUAGUGGAAGGAAUGUGACCUUCUCCCAGCAUUCAUCGGGGCUGACUUUGAAGUGUUAGAGUCCUGGCAGAGAGAGAGGGAGACGAGUCCAGGGAGGGAGGGGGGGCUACUGUACUGUACGACCCCCCCCGCCCCCUUCCAGACAAAGAGCUCUCUUCAUCUCCACUAUUGUAUUCAUCAUAGGGUCUGGACCAAGAGUGGAGCAGCUGCUUCUUAAAAGUUCGAUCAUCCUCCUCCUGGGUGAAGUUGGGAAAACAUUCAGGGAGGGGUCAGCGCCCCCUGAAGGGAGGAAGAGGAGAGAGAAGGGGAGGAAAAGAACCAGUCUUCUCUUCAUAAUCCUUCCUCCAGGGCCAGAUUUCUGCCUCUAAUGGAAACCAAUCCUCCUGUAUAUGAGCUGAAAAUCUGCCUCCUGUAUUUAUUUUUACCCUCUAACAAGAUAUCCAGCUGCAGCCGGUCCACUCCUCUCUGCCUCCGGGUCACUUUUAUGCUGAUUAAUGAAAGAAGUUGCAUCAAAACGUAUUUUAAACCCCACUUUGGUAUUUUUAAUCAAAGCGUGUCAGUUCCCGAGCUCGAUUUUCUGCACUGACGCUGUGAAAAUGAAGCUGACCUCCUUCCCUCUGGCUCCCCGGUCAGUCCUCGUCCACCGCGGCUCAGCGGAGUGACAGGCUGAUGAUUAAAGAUGGAGAUCCUAAAGGAGAGACUCAGUCCUAUUACAGCAGCCUGUCACCUAGACGUCCAGGAAUCUUGGAGCUGGAGGAGUUCAGAAUUAGAUCACACAGUUUCACUGUGGGACGCCUUCCUCUGAAAUCUGUGAGAACUUUUAAAUUAAUCUCCCCAAAGACAGAAAACGGGAACACAUGUUGAAACCUGUGAGCUGCUUCAAGAGGCUGCAGUGGUCAAAAAGAAAACUCUAUUUAAAAGAAAAAAUGACCCAUAGAUCAUUAAAACACUCUUUGAGUGUGUUUGGAUGGAACACAAACACUUCCUCCCCCAUAAAUGCUUUCUGGAUGACUUUUUCUGCUGCCUCGACCAGUGUCCAGUUUAGGGACCUUCAGGCAUAGAUCAGUACUAAGAUUGGCCUGAUAGACCCAAACCACCAGAAUUCUGUAACAGCUAUGAAAUACCUAUGAGUGUUUCUACACUGGGUUUCAGUUUCGCUGUAUCUGCAUCUCCUGGGUCUCUAUAUCUCUGUGUUUGUCAUAUCAGAGUCUCAGUUUUACAGUACUUUUGUCUUUCAGAUUCUGCAUCCGUCUCCGCCUCAGUUUCAUUAUUUCUAUUCUAUAUAAAUCUCAGUUUUAUUGUAGCUGUUCUCUUUUGAAUCUUAAUUGAACUGUUUCUGGCCAUACUCCCCUCUUAGUUUCAUUGUUUUUCCUCCUCUCAGUCCCACUUUACUGUAUCAGCCUCAGUUUCUCUUGUCGUCUUCUACUGACCUCAGUGUUACCAGUUCACUAUUACAGAGUUUCAGUUUUUGCUGUAUCUGUGUCCACCGAGUCCUAUGGUGUGUCCCAAAUCGCAUACUUCUAUACUAAAUACUUCAAUUUUUCAAAUUGAGUAUUCUAAGCAUACUAUGUACUCAAUGGCCUAGUGCUUGAGUUUCUAGGGCGCACUCACUGGAAAUGACGACGUGAUUUCUUCUUCUACGCCAAUUUGUCACCGGCUAGCACUGCAUCAGCUAAUUACCGCCACCUUUUGCCUGAGCUCGUUCAUCCACUAUUGAGGUAAAAUCAGCAACAGAAUUAACGUUCAUCGCUCAUUUUAAUGCCACGGGUAACGCUUCAGAACCUGGCGGCUACAGGCUAACUAGCUAACGAGCUAACUAGCAUUUGCAAUAACAUUCGCGGUAAAAGACAAACAGGUUACCCAGGUUACACCACAAAUAUACUCAAAACGAUAAACGCUGGUGGUGCUUGAUGGAAAGAACAUGUGUAAAAGGCAAUUUAUUACUUACAUCUAUACAAAGGUCCGAGGUUGACCGUCGCCGACCCUCUGGCACCACAGCCGUCUGCAGCCCUUCUUAGUGAUGAAAUGAGUGCGGCGAGUGUCCACAGUUGGAUACUUAAAAUCUUGACAGAUUUGAUCACGUCAUCCGGGUACUUUUGCCUGCUCAAUUUUCGCAUCCAUUUGACGUUGAGUAUACUCAAAAUUUGAAGUAUUUAGUACUGGAAGUAUGCGAUUUGGGACACAUCACCAGUUUUACUGUUCCUGCCUCAUUUGAUACCCAGUUUUAUUGUAUGUAUCCUGAAUGAGUCUCUGCUUUAAUGGGUAUUUCCUAACUGAGUCUCAGUUUCUUUUUUCUUUUUUUGUUUCAUCUAAGUCUUAGCUUUAUUAUGUGUCUUACCCAAGUCAUAGUGCCACUGUGUCUGUCUUAUCUUGGGAUCACCUUUACGGUUUCAUUUUCUGAGUCUCAGUUUUACUUGUAUCCAUCUAAUCUGAAUCUUCCUUCAACUAUAUCUGUCUGUCCUGAGUCUUAUGCCGCGUUCCAUUUACCUCGGAAGUUGGAUGUUGGAGUUGGGAGUGAUGUUACACAUGAGUUGGUGGCGUUCCAGUAAACAAGUCAGAAAACCAAAAUGGACGCCUAACUAUUAGCUGUUGUUUGCUGUGGCUAGCAAUUGUCAGCGGUCGUUAGCCGUUGUUAGUUGUUGUCAGCUCUACCAGUUGUAAACAAUGCAUAACACAGUAUUUUACUCUUACAAACACCAUAGCAGUAUUGUUUCCGCUGAUGAAAAUAUUUCGUCAACGCCCCUUGUUUUCCACGACAAAGACGUGAUGUUGACGAGCUAAACAUAGGUCUUAGAUGACUAGAAUGUGACGAGACAAAUGUGCGUUUAUGUUGACAAGACUAGACGAAAACAUAAGUGGUGGACGACGAACAGAGUUGCAAAAUUCUUGACCAUUUCGUCAGUCAAACACUAAACAUGUAUUCUGCAGUGUUGUUUUCUUUGACGAUGACGUUGCCGAAAUAUUUUCGUUAACGUCAUCGUCAACAAAAACAACACUGCACCAUAGCACUGUGUUCAACAUAUACCACUUAUUUAAUGUCACAAAAACAAAACAGAUGUGCUUAUUAUAAUAAUACAUUACCAGAGCUUUCACUGUUACUCUUAACUGUUGAUGCACUGCGCUGCCAUCUUGUCAAGUCAGGGUUGGUGAGGAUCGUAUGUUCUUCCAAGUCGGAAAUCCAACUUCAGGGACAUUCAAGAUAAAUUUCCGACUGGGAACUCGGAAAGUCCAACCUCCAAGUACAAAUGGAACGCAGCAUUAUUUUUUUAUUAUCGAACAAGUCACACUCAAGUCAACUGGAAUCUGUUGAACUGCAGAGUUAUGGAUCAAAAUGAAGAGAUUACACUCUGAUUUAUGCCAGUAAACAGGUUUAAAAGCUGCUGACCUAGUUAAAUGAGGAUCCUGAUUUCAAGGACUCAAAAGAAAGGCUUAAGGACUAUCACUUUUGAUCCAAGUCUAAUCCAAUGAAAAUGCGUUAUAGCAGCUGUUUGCUAAUCGUCUUGGAGGUUGGAUGUGACCCUUAAAAACCUGCAUCAUGAUGAAGUUAUCCACUUCUCUUCAUCUGCAAGUCACUGUUAUAUAAAAACCCAAGCUGUAGCGGCACUCAAAAACAGCCGCUUUACUGUUUAUUUUCCAUAUUGUUUUUGUUAGGGGAUUGAUUUUCUACCACUGAAUCAUAAAUUCAUGUCAGGAAACCGUCCCCCUCUCGUCAUCCUCCUCCCUCCAGUCUCAGUGACCCACAUUUUCCACCGAUGACAGCAGUCUGUGGUGCUCAGCCAGCUCCCAGACGCCCCGUCCCACCGUCUCCUGCCUCUGGAGCUUUUCAGCGGGCAGGCCGAGCAGCGUGUGACAAACCGGUGCGAUUAUUCGCCUGUCUGCUCGGUGCGUAAUGCGUUUAGAGGCUGGGCCCAUUAUGUAAUUUGUGGGUAAUGACUUGUCCAGGCCGGAGCAGAGAGGGGAGAACAGGGGGACUGGGGAAGCAUUCAGCAGCUGCAGCAGACGGCCUGUGGGUGGUAGGAACGCUAAGAGUGGUACAACAAAGGCUGCUCUGUCUGCAGCACACACACACACACCUACACACACACACCUACACACACAUUCUUCUGCUCAAAGGGUUCCAGGUGAAUGUGUGUAGGCUCUUACCUGCCCCUUGCAUCAUGCUGUUCCUGAAGACUGAGUGCACACAAUGAGAGACAGGCCAGAGAUGACGUCCCUCUCUCUCUCUCCGCAGGUAUCCGCCGUUCUUUGAUGACAAUCCUUUCGGGAUCUACCAGAAGAUCCUGGCCGGAAGACUGGAAUUCCCACGCCAUCUGGAUUUCUAUGUCAAGUAAGCUGCAGACGCCAGGCCACGCUCAUAUUACACAAGACAGAAAUCUCUGCAGCAAACAGUAAUCCUAAACGUCUUUGCAUGAACAGAGGGGGCCGGUUUUUACAAACCUGACACCUAAUUUUCCUAAAUGACUUCAAUAAAGGAGGAAAAUUGAUCCUCACUCACCACAGAGACAGAGUUUCCCCCUGAAGUAGAAAACACAGCAUCUUUGGAUUGUGGUAAAAUUGUUUUAUGGCUGGAGUUCUGUAAUUAUCAUAAAAAAACUGCAUAAUUCAUAACAAAUCGUCCUACCUCAUUGCCAGUGAAUCCUCAGAAACGGCAUCCAAGGAGGAAAUCUCAAGAGAGAAAGGAAAUAGAUGUCGUCUGUAGGAUAUGGAAAAUCACGGUGACAAAAUAAGUUUGAGUGCAAACAUCAUAACAGAAAGCAGAUGUCCAAACAUAAUGUCUUUCACAGCCUCUUUUCAGCCCACAAGAAAACAGAGUCUUUGCUGUUACAUGUUAAACACACGCUGAAAAAUAACCAGUUUCAAAGCACAAAAAGUUCCAACUGAAGGAGAACUUAAAACCGGAGUCCUGUUUCAUAUUUGAGUCUUGUUUUAUUGAAGCCCAAAAACCCCUUAAGAAUAAAGGGGUGAUGAAAACUGGAUUUGAGAUGGGAUGAGGUUCACCACUCUGUGAGAGACCGCGUGAUCAUUAGAAGAUUGAUAACAUCAUGACACCAAAAAUCAGACAAAGGAGACCCUGAACUGUUGAGCAACUAAUAUCCUCUAUCAGGCAAGAAUGGGACAACAUGUCACUUUCCAAGCUCCAGAAACUGGUCUGCUGGGUUCACUAUCGACUACUAAGAGUUGGUAAAAGAAGAGCUGACGGCACACAACGACAAAUGCACAGAAGAGGAUUAGGGACUUUAAUCUCAGAAUUCUGACUUAAAACUCAGAGCUCUGAUUAAAAUCUCACAACGAUUCUGAUUUUAACUUCAGAAGUCUGACUUAAAUCACAAAAUUGUGACUUUAAACUAAGAGUUCUGACUUUAAUCUUAUAAGAAUUCUGAUUUUAACCUCAGAAUUCUGACUCAAAUCUCAACAUUCUAACUUUAAACUAAGAGCUCUGACUUUGAUCUCAGGAGAAUUCUGAUUUUAAUCUCAGAAUUCCGACUUAAAUCGCAAAAUUCUGACUUUAAUCUAAGAGCUCUGACUUUAAUCUCAUAAGAAUUCUCAAUUUAACCUCAGAAUUCUGACUUAAAUCACAAAAUUCUGACUUUUAUUUCAGAGCUCUGACUUUAAUCUCAUAAGAAUUCAGAUUUUAAUCUCAGAAUCCUGACUUAAUUCACAAAAUUUUGACUUUAAUCUCAGAGCUCUGACUUCAAUCUCAUAAAAAUUCUGAUUUCAAUCUAAGAAUUCUGACUCAAAUCGCAAAAUUUUGACUUUAAUCUCAGAGCUCUGACUUCAAUCUCAUAAAAAUUCUGAUUUUAAUCUAAGAAUUCUGACUCAAAUCGCAAAAUUCUGACUUUAAACUCUUUUUUCUGAUUCUGAUUUCAAUCUAAGAAUUCUGACUUAAAUCACAAAAUUCUGCUUUUAAUCUCAGAGCUCUGACUUUAAUCUCAUAAGAAUUUUGAUUUUAACCUCAGAAUUCUGACUAUAAUCUCUGAAGAAUUGUUAUUUUAAACUCAGUAUUAACUCAGACUUUAAUCUCAGAAAACUCAGAAUUAUGACUAUAAUUUCAAAUUUCUGACUUUGAACUUGGAAUAAUAAUAGAAAUAUAUAUGUAUUGGAACUUUUUUCCCUCCAGUGGCUCUAAUCCUUUUCUGGAUUACAAAUAUGACCCUAUAACUGCUUUUUAGAAACUUGUCUCUGACUUCAGACUCAAAAUAAGCUUAUAACACUUCUCAGUUUCAACAUCUGGAAUGUUGUCUUUGCACAGACUUUUUGGAUGAUUUGCAAACCUUGAAAUUUAGUUUUUACCAACAAUGGAAUAGAGUUUGCCGUUAUUUUCCAGGAUUAGGAAACUUUCAGGAGUAGCUGUUACGCUAUUGGAGGUUUUAAAGCCCUCUCCAUCCUGCCAGGAGUAAAAUCUAAUGUGGAAAAAUUUACAUCAUAGGAUUGUGAUUUACCGACUUCGAACUUGAAAUAUCUUCAGUGGAUAAACUCUUGAGAUCUGCCUGAACAAAAGAGAAAUUCUCUGUUAGACUUGUCCUUUUCCACUUUUCAAAACACUGACAGCCUGCAGGUGGAGGUGUUCAUAUGCUGUGGGUCAGUUGGGAAAUUACAGCCUCCUUUAAAGGGUCACUGACACACUCCGCCCGCUCUCCUCUACCAUUAAAGCAUCUAUUUAAGGUGGUACUUCAAACAGGUGAGGGGGCUGUAUUGUCCGUGGAUGGGGGUCCGUAAGUGCUGUAGCGUCUCUUUAAAACAGGGACAACGAGCCCCCUGCGGUUAAAGACGGGCUUCAGCUGGACCUACAGCCUCUAAUGACACACCCAGCUGAUUUGGACCGCUCAUGGCGGCCAUUAGAGCAGCUGGAGGCGCAGGAAUGUGCGAGAUUACAGGCUGACCUGGGUGUGUGUGCUCAAUCAGGUCUGACACAGCGGCCCUGACGAGGCUAAAACACUCUGCUUCCCCUGAUACUUCAGACAACACACAACCUCACACUGUUAAGCCAUCUAUCUCGGAGCCGGCAGACAGAAGGGUUUUUAAUAUUUGGACCGUUUAUAUCAGCUUCACACACUCAUAAAUCAGGAUGUGAGAGGGAUUAAGAGGACUGCAGGCAGGCAGAGUGGAGCUCCAUCCCAGUAUGACCCCGGCAUUAACAGUCUUGUGGAGCAAUGGUUGUAAAAUUAGUGAAAGACUUCUUAUAGACAUGUUAACAUCCUCUUGACCUGACCUUACGCACCCUACAUGACCUCAGUGUCCUCCUUUAUGAGGUGGGAAUCCAGAGGUGUGUGAAGUCCUCUUUAAGUUUACUUUUGUAACCAGAAACACACGUUUUUUUUGUUUUGUUUUUUUAAACUAGAAACAGCUUUAAAGUGUUUUUUUUUUUUUUUUUUUUUAUAUACCAGAAAUUGCACUGAUUUUUUUUAAACCACAAACAGCUUUUAAAGCUUUUUAUUAUUUUUUCAUUUUUUUAACCAAAAACAGCUUUUAAAGUUUUUUAUUUUUUUAACCAUAAACAGCUUUUAAAGUUUUUUAUUUUUUGUUUUUUUAACCUGAGACAGCUUUUAAAGUUUUUAUUUUUUAAUUUAUCUUUUUAACCAGAAACAGCUUUUAAAGUUUUUAUUUUUUAAUUUAUCUUUUUAACCAGAAACAGCUUUUAAAGUUUCUCUUUUUUUUCUUUUUUUAACCAGAAACAGCUUUAAAGUUUUUUAUAUUUUCAUUUUUUUAGCCAGAAACAGCUUUUAAAGUUUCUUUUUUUUUCUUUUUUUUAACCAGAAACAGCUCUAAAGUUUUUUAUAUUUUCAUUUUUUAGCCAGAAACAGCUUUUAAAGUUUCUUUUUUUCUUUUUUUUAAACUAGAAACAGCUUUAAAGUUUUUUUUAAAAUUAUUUUUUCAGCCAGAAACACUAUUAAAGUUCCUUUUUUUUUUAACCAGAAACAGCUUUCUAGUCUAUUUUUUCCUGAAACCAGAAACAGCUUUUAAGUUUCUUUUAUAGAACCAGAAACAGCUUUAAAGUUUCUUUUUUUUUUUUUCUUUUUUUUUUUUAACCAGAAACUGCUUGUAAGUUUCUCUUUACAAAGACUUAAGACUCCACUAAUAAAAAAAUGACCUAUAGGUCCAAAAAUACUGGAGUUAAUGGUCUACCACUAGAGAUGUUCUGAUACCAAUUUUUCCCUCCCGAUGCCAAUUCCAAUAUUUGUGCUUUGGGUAUCAGCCAAUUCCAAGCACCAAUUCAAUUCGAGUAUGUUAUUAAAAAGAUAUAUCAUACCUGGCCUGCAUGACUGUGAUAUGAUUAUAAUUGUGGUAAGGUCUGGCUCAGGUUAAGACCACAAAUAAAUACAGAAAAUUUAAGCCAUUUAUUUUCUAAAUUGAACAUCUGAAUUGAACAAAAUCAAGAACAUUUAGCAGCAAAUUUUGGAUUAUGUUUCAGGAAUUACAGCUUGCUGCAGGCGCAAUAAACCUACUGGGACAAUUCUCAAAGUUUUUUGUACUAUUGGUCAUUGAGACACUGAAACGUGUGCAAAACUUGGUCUCAGAUUAAAAAAGAAAUCUCUUAGUUAUCCUUUUAAAUAAAUGCAAAUGUUUAAAAAAAAGAUGCAGGAUUCAAACUCUGAAAUCAAAAGUUGCCUUUUUCUUGAUUUUGUCGACCUUUUUUACUGUCUCCACCUUCUUUUCCGACAAUUUCUUCUUCCUGAAAUGUUAAAAAUGGCAAAAUCACAAAUAUGCUCCCCUCAGGAGCUGAUCCAGAUAUUUCCAAAUGACAUAUUGCAGCACCGGCCUCUCUUGAAGCAGAGGAAGGAUUUAGACAAAAAUGGAAAAAAAUUGCUGACUUGCCAACAUCCAGCUGCUGUAUUUACGAGCCUGUCCGACAGGCUCGUUGGCUGUGAAAUAGUCUAUCUUCAUACCAAAAAAAAAAAAAAAUUGUGAUUGUCAGCAGCUAUCAUUUUUUAAGACCCAUCUGAAUCAUCCUCAUCCUCCCUCUGUGCAUCCUCACAUCACAUGCAUGAGUUUAACGUCUCAGGAAGUUCCUCCCUGCUUUUAAAGUGAUACAGCUCUCUUAAAGGGUGUCAGAAAACUCUUUAGUGAAGAUGCAUUUGUCUUCCUGACAGCCUUGGAUGCUCUGUUUCUCUUUCUCCCCAGAGACCUCAUCAAGAAGUUUCUGGUCAUUGACAGAGCCAGGCGACUGGGCAACAUGAAGGUGAGUUGGUUAGACUCCCCGUCUCCCUGCACACAUGGCACCUCACCAUAUUUCAUACCUUCAGUAGGUAGUUUGACGUCAACCGUCUGAGGAAAGAGAGCUCCACAUGGAUCCAAUUAGUCGUAAAUGAGGAGAGUUUAACAGGAGCUUGUUGUUUUGGAGCAGGACGGAUGCCUGUCUGUGCUUCAGUCUGUAAUAAGUCUGACUCGUAAACUAAAUAUUAUUAGUCCCUAACAAAAGCAGCGCAAUUCACAAUUAUUUUUAUAGUCAGAGCUCAACUAUUUCAAGCUUUGACUGAUCUCCAAGGCCGAGUUUAAAAUCUUGAAUGUGUGCAGUCACUCCCAAACCUGAUACCUAAAGAUGUUUUUCUGCCUUGAUUGAUUCAAAAAUAACAAUUUGUAGCCCCGAAGCCCUUUGUUUGCUUUGAUAGGAUCUAAAAACAAGCUUAAAGGAAUAUUCCAGCGUAAAUAAACACACGGUAACCUAAGUUAGACACCUCCUUGAGAGAUGAAUGUUGCAGACUGCUUGCUUCUCUAGUUAUACCAACUUUAGUAACGACCGCACGAUAGCAAUACACAGCAGUCUAAGUCUUCACACGCAAACCUCAACCAAAAAGCCACUCUAUAGCCACAAAUAAAGCUCAGAACAACUUCAUCAACAGUACAUAUAGGGUUCCAGCCGCAAUACUAGCCACCAAACAUCUUUUUAGCUUUGUCUGAUUUCUUUAGCAAAGAGACCAAACACAACUCACCUACUCUCCUCCAGCAGCCAUUUGUUUGUGGGGGGAGACCCGACGAGUUGAUCACCGAGUGCAGCGGAGUUUCGCAGCUCAAGGAAGAACAUUUAUGAUCCUUACUUCAUGGAAAUGCAAUCAGACUGAGACGCUAGUGCAGAAGAGAGACCGUGUCUGCAGUGCAAAAUGAUUAUUACGAUGAUAAUUAAUUAAUAAUUACUAUAAUUACUGGAAAUGAUCCGCUGCACUCGGUAAUCGAUUUGUCAGGGCUCCGCUACAAACAAGUGGUAUUGCAAUCGUGUGGAUGUUUCUAAAGUUGGUAUAACUAGAGAAACAAGCAGUCAGCAACAUUCGUCUCUUGAGAGGGUGUCUAACUCCGUGUUACUGUUUGUUUGACCAUAACUUAGAUUUACGCCGGAAUAUCCCUUUAAGUUUAAGUAUUGUACUAAAUCAGUGGUUCUCAAGUCCAGUCCUGGAGGCCCACUGUCCUGCAUGUUUUGGAUGUUUCUCUGCUCCAACACACCUGAUUCAAAUGAUCAGCUCGUUAUCAAGCUCUGUAAUGUCUUACUAACGAGCUGAUCAUUUGAAUCAGGUGUACCACUGUACUAAACAAUAUGAGCACGAAACCAGAGGAAAGGUUGGCUCUGGUUUCAUAGUGGCUCAGAAGGAUUUAAAGGUCACUUUUCAAUGGUUCCUGCAUGUAGAUUUUUAUUCAGACUGAAGGACUGAAAGUGAAAGGGGACUGGAAGAGACUCUCAAUUGAACAAACACUUCUCUAAUCCCUCUGAAUAACUCCACAUAAUCCAGACAACAUCAUAUUGAUUUGUUUCUGCCAGUAAUUCUCUGCGGUCACAUCAUUCAUUAGCACAACGCUGGGAGUCUUUAAGGGGCCCGACUGCACCCAUAUUAUACUGAUGGUUAUUUAAUUAUAAUGAAAUGAUUUACUGGAACAUACUUUGGGGUUUUUGUAACACCGCUCACUUUGUAGCAUGAACAUUAGUGUCUGCACAUUUGUCUCUAUUAGACGCUUCUCACUAAAUUAUACCGCAUGACUUUAUCCUGUAACUAUUAGUCCAUAAUCUGAUCAAGAGUUAACUGAUUUAUAGUAAACAAAUGGAUUUGUGUGCAUGUUUGAUAUGCUUUGGUCCUUGUUGUUGUUCACUAUCAAAAAUUACACAUCAGUUUUCCAAAGAAGUGUUCCCCUUUUUGUACGUUUCAGAACGGAGCGGACGAUGUGAAGAAGCAUCGGUGGUUCAAGACGAUCGACUGGGACGCCGUUCCUUUGAGGAAACUGAAAGUGAGAACUUUUCACAAAAGUCUUUAAUUUAUUUUGUUUUCUGUCGAUUAGAAAGGGAGGUAAAUUAGAGCAAAAGAGGACAAUCACAACUUAAUCUAGUCAUGACAGGUUAUGGGGAUCUCAUUCACUGGAUCGUGUAAAGUAGGCGUAUCGAUAAAUCUCGAAAAGAAGAAUGUGUUUACAAAAAUUAAAACUAUAGGAUGAAAAUCUCUGAAGAUAAAACUGAAGAGGCUGAUGCAUCUGUCUCCCUCCGCCUGUCUGGUGUUUGGUCGCAGAGGCAGCAAGUUUAACAGGUUGACCCAGACAUCACUCUCCCAGGCCACAUCUCCCUGCUCCUCUUGGGGGAUACUGAGGCCUUUCAAGGUCUAAUGGGUUAUAUAAUCCUACCUCAGAGGACUGGGUCUGUCCAGGCUGGGAGGAGGCAUCCUAAUUAAAUACCUGAACCACCACAGCUGACAGCAGCCCUCCUCCAAGCUCUGAAUAGAAGAGCUCCUGCCUCUCUCAAACACUUGAUUUUGGCCUCUUGUGUCUGUGAUCUCAGUGUUUUGGUCAUUGCUCAAAGCUCGUGACCACUACUAAUGGUUGGAAACAAAGAUCCUCCUGACAAGCUCACAAUCCUGAGUUUUGAUUUGAUUAGAAUAAUAAAAAAGUUUCUCUUUACAAAGACUUAGGACUCCACUAGUAAAAAAAAAAAGAGUAACUAUAGGUCAAAAAACACUAGAGUUACUGGUCUACUACUAGAGAUGUUCUGAUACCAAUUUUUCCCUUCUGAUACCAAUUCUGCUACUUGUGCUUUGGGUAUCGGCCAAUUCCAAGCAAUUCCAGAAUUUCCUCACCCACGUGACAUUCAAACUCGUACCUCUUGUCUCUGCAGCCUCCCAUCCUUCCCAAAGUGUCCCAUGAGGGCGACACCUCCAACUUUGACGUCUACCCGGACGAGGACUGGAAGAAAGACCCUCCUGUGCCUCAGAAGGACUUAGAGAUCUUCAAGAACUUCUGAUCACUCAGCCUCUUUUAUUUAUUAUCAGAAUAAUAAUCAGCAUAUUGACGAGUUACAGGUACCAUCAUGGAGAGAAUCUGUAUUUAUCACAGUGACAGAAAGGGGGAUGGGGGUCACAUUUUAUCCGUUAUAACCCCGCCCCCUCUUCAAAGACAAACUCCAAAUGAUCGAUACUGUGACGUGUAUCACACCACAGGUUUGCUUUUUAUACUUUUAUUUAUGUGACUUGAGUCAAACUUUUUGCUGUUUUCGUUUUUAUCAUCCUCUGAGCCUGCUCACAUGCAAAAAAGAAAAAAGAAAAACAAGGACUGUUACUUUGUAGUUAAAGAAGAGGAAACAAUCAGGUCUUUUUUUGAUAUCUUCAUGUUGAAUAUUUUAUCGGUUUUUAAAAAAUGUUCAUGCGGUCAUAUUUAAUGUGACUCCAGACUGGUGCUCGAGCUCUCAGCUGGCCAGUGCUUCUAUGAAUAAUGUGCAGCUUUUAGACUCCUUAUAUCACGAGUCGGCUGCUUUAUGUGAAAAUGUGUGACCAGUAGCACUCGUAAAAAGGUGCCUUACAUCACCGUAUGAUGGGCAUAACGUCUCAUAAUUACAGGAAGUUCACUUGAAACGCCGCUCAGACAUCAGCGCUUCAUGCAAGACUAAUGGAAGCUCAAUGACGGGACUCUUCGUGGAUACAAAGAGCUGAAUGUCUUCUACUGUAAACUUUUCUUCCUCCAGCUCCAGGUGUAUUCACAGCCAGAGGACUUAUUAUCACGCAGUCCCAGCUGUUCUGCAAAUAUCUUCACAUGACUCUGUGCACACUCACAUCAUCAGCCAUUGUUGUCAUGCUUUUAAAGACAAGGCGAACAAGAGAAAGACCUCACAGAGACUCAGAUUUUGUCAGUCGAAUCCCCGCACUUUUGUUGUUUUUUUCAACAUUUAUGAGGUUUUAGCAGCAGCUGAGUCAUCUUUAUAAAUCACUUCCUCACCAAGAUAAACAUUUCCACUCAUUAAAACUGACAAAACCACCAGUAAACCAUUUUUUUUUUCGCAACAUACUCCACUUUUUAAAGCUCUUUAGUGGACUCAAGACUGUAGGAGGGGGCUGUGACCUGAGCUGCCUCUCACUUCUUAGUCAUUGCUGAACUCUUUUUGAAACUACAGUACCUAACAGAAAAGUCUAACCCCUUUGUCUUCUAAAACUGAGGAGUUCUGUGGAUUAAAACUUUUUAAACACUAACAGUUCAAGUAAUAAACUGUGUUAAAGAAAUUCUAAGAAGCAGUUUACUAACUUCCUAUUGUCCUUUGGCCACUAUAUCAGCAGGGGCUGCAAGCUGAGUAACCACUAACUGUUAGAUAAAGAUUCCCUUAGUGUGUCCGUCAAAGACCAAAAUUUCCUCUGAUAAAAGCAACUUCCCAUUGAAAUAGCUUUUGUAAUGCUCCCAAGCAGAAAAAAAGCAUAAAAGAGGCUGCGAGCUGAGCUGUAUACAGUAUUUAUCUUUAUUGGCCUCCCCAUAGAACAGGUAAAAACACUAUUUGAGCACAAGUUAAAGAAAAUCUUUGUUUUCCAAUGCUCUUUGGCUGACAGAAGCAUAGGCAGAGGCUGCUAGCUGAACUGCUGCUGCUUGUUUUCUUCACUGUACAUAAAGUUUUCAUCUUCACUGGCCUCUUCCUCCACUCAGAAACAGACUUGUCAGCAAAACUUGUAAAAUCUGCAAAAAAAAAAAAAAAAACAUUUUGAAGGGAAAAAAAAGUUUGUUUAAUCCACAGCUCUUUAGCAGAAACAUCACUUUUCUGAGAGGUUGCAAGCUGAGCUGUCGUCAGCCUCUUUACAGAAACUAAGGAGACUAUAUCUCUGACAAAGAUAGCUGGAUUGUGCACAAUGGUCUGUUCUUCUAUCAACCAGGGGACCCUAUACAUUUGUGUUUUAAUCAUGCUCUUUAGUCUAAGGAAAGGCUGAGAGCUGAGUUACCACUGGUUUAAUUGUUGUGAUUAUUUAUCAUUCAUGGUCACUUAAACUUGCAUCUGAAUUAUUCAAAAGUGUCAAAAACCAUUCACUCAUACUAUACUUCCUUAUGCUCUGUAAGCUGCAACCCAGUGGGGCUGCAAGCUGAGCUGCUGCUAGCUUAUACUUAGACUUUUCUCAGAAUUUAAUUGUCUGUGAAAGUCACCUGCUUCCCAAACAAGUGAACACAAAUAGAUGAAAUCACUGAGCUUCUAUAAUGUAAAUAUCUGGCUUUUGGGGGGGCUGCUAGCUGAGCUGCUCCUAGCUUAAACAAAGCUUUUUCUCAGAAUGAAUUAUCUGCAAAAUGAUUCUGCUUCCGUAUCAAGCAUUGGAUAAAAUCAGUUAUUCAUUACACUGUAAAUAUCAGACUUUUAGGGGGCUGCAAGCUGAGCUGCUCCUAGCUUAAACAAAGCUUUCUCUCAGAGCUCAAUUAUCUGCAAAAUGCUUCUGCUUCCGUAUCAAGCAUUGAGUGAAAUCAUUUAUUCAUCACACUGUAAAUAUCAGGCUUUUAGGGGGCUGCAAGCUGAGCUGCUGUUAUCUUAAAGGAGUCAAAUACUGGAUGUGGAAAAUUGAACCACUGCAUCUGAUUCGACUGACAAAAUCCCUCCCCGGUUUCAGCCAUAUUCAGUUAGUCCAGCUGCCACAGAGAGCUGAAAGUUGACCUGGUCAGUAUUCAUCAGUGUUCCAGCCACUGGUGCAGUUGAUGAUUUUUUGGUAUUUUGGGACAAUGAUGGCCUUCAAAAUAAACAUCAAAUGUUUUGUUUCACGCCAAUGAAAACUUAGUGACAUUGUGGUUUCUGUAAUCAUACCCGCCUCCAGGUUGUUCUUUUUUUUUUUACUGUUUCUUUGCACAAUCUUUCUGCGUCACGACCCUGACUUUGUGUAUUCUUCACACGGUGCUGAUGUUGGUCUGGACAGAAAGAUGAUUUUAUUUUCCACCCACAGUUUGAGGACUUGUUAUCAUCUGUUGCCUUUCCUUGUUUCCAUCCUUCAUGUUGUUUUGACACAGUGCUGAAAUCCUCCUGUUGUCUGCGGCAUCUCCUUACCUCUGUGUGUUGUUGCGUGACUCUUCAGGAGUAAACACUUGAAGCACCAGAGUGUGUUUGUGUGUUUUCUCUCAACAAACUUCAGCUCGGUUUGUGAAAUGUUUAGCUGGACCUGAACCUCAUUUUUCAGUGUUUUCAUCUGUCUGCUGCUAAACUCACCAACAUGCACCAAAAACAGGAAAUCCAGAUCUACUGUUUGUCUUACUUGGGCAUUUGUGUGCACCAAACCUCUCGGCGGUUCUGCUUAUGGAGGGCAAUGCGAACAAAACUGAUAAGUCAUAAAAAGUUAGCAGAGGGUGAAGGUUUUGGAAGAGGAAUCAAUAAAAUGUACUUGAGAGUGUGAUUGUUUUGGAGAUUUUAGAGCAGAGGAAUGAUAGCCGUGCAAUGACAAAAAAAGCAAAGUACUGAUGCACGAAUUCACUGACACAAUAUCUGCACCAGCUGUUAAGAGUUUGAAAUGUCGGCACGUCAGAUAUUUUCAAAAUCCAGAGCACUUGCAAUAAAAAAGUGGAGUAAAAUACUCAGCUGAGUUUAGAGAAACUUCAAACAAAAGGAAAAACGGCUCAGUUGCCGAAAUUUGCUGCACUGUGGUAUACAAAUCAAAACUGGUCACUUUAUCCCAGUAAACUUUGACUUUUUUCAAGUGACAUCAGCUGAGGAAAGGUAUCACAGCGAGAUUGUUCUAACAGGAAAAUAUGAUUCUGCUCAACAACCUGGGUCCUAGAAAUCGGUUCUAAUUAUUCUGUUACAUACUAAAGAUGCUAAAUGCUCUCCAGAAGCCUCCUCCACCGUUGCCAUGCUACAAAGUAGUGUCUCCCUGUUUUAAAUCACAUGAUGAGAUCUGUCUGAUUGUUUUGGACUUAAAAUCCGCCAUGGAACACAUAAUAAUUUUAACAAUAGUGAUAGAGCAAUGAUGUAUCAAGGGCCUGCUAGGCAACAGUCUGUAAACAUUGGAGGGAGAGAUUCACUCCCUUUUUAUAACAGUCAGAAUAAGCCUGAAGAUGAGGAUGUGUUCAGGAGUAAAUGAGCCAAAGUUAGCAUCACUUAAUCACGUAAGACGUCUAUUAAAAUAUGCCAAAUAAUUUCCUAAACACACAGUAAUGUGUCUCAGUGUGCGGAAAAAUAGAGAUCUUCUGAAACGGGCAACUAUAAGAGCAAACUUUGAGAUCAGUCGGUAGAAUUUGGAAGCACAUUUCUGCCAAUAAAAAAAAAAUAGAGACUUGGCCUUAUAACAAUAUAAAAAAAGCUUUAAAAUUAAAAGUCUAAAUUAUGUACAGAAAAAGAUUAGGGCCACGAGAAGAGAAAAAAAUAAUUACAGG